GGGGGUCAUCUAUGGGUAUUAGGUUUUAAGGGUGGGGAGUUAGUUGUUCAACGUAUGGAGGUCAAAUUGGUUUAUUAGCAGUUGUCUUUUGUAGUUUAGUGAUUCACUCACUGUAUACGAUUUCGGGAGUUUUUUUAUUUAUUUAUUUUUUAAUCGAGUGCACAGUUUGUCAUAGGGUUUUUUUGUUGAUUAUUUAAUUUUUUUUUUUUUUUGGUGGAUCUUGCGAUUGGAUUUUACUUUUUUUAUUCCUUCUGUUUUUAUACUUUAAUUUUUUUUCAUUUCCUGGGAGAGUGCUCCCUGCCGGUGGGGUACCAUUAUGCCGCAGUUAAACAGCGGCGGGGGGGAUGAGCUGGGGGCCAAUGAUGAGCUGAUCCGGUUUAAGGAUGAAGGGGAGCAGGAGGAUAAGAGCCCCGGAGAGGGAUCUGCAGAGGGGGACCUGGCAGACGUCAAAUCCUCGCUGGUUAACGAGUCCGAGAACUUGAGCAGUGACUCCGACUCAGAGGUAAGCAAGCCAAUGUGUAAUUAGGACUUCCCAAAUUCUGCUAGGAAUACUGACUCGAUAAAGAAAAAGUAGCUUUAAAAAUGAAUGUAUAAUAUAGUACCUAUUUCUAUAUGGAUAUAUUUGUCCCCUUAAUUUGUUUUCAGUAACUAUAUUGUGAGAUACAUACUGAAACAGAAGGGUUCUAUAGACUGCAUGUGAGUUUACAAUGGAACGUUUUGUUGUCCAGUAACUUUUGCUCUGUUUUUUAAACUCCCUAGUCUAGCAAUAUGCAAAGCUGUGUAAAUGUGAACUGUACUUCAUAUUUACACAAUUUUGAGAUUUCUCCUCACACAAAUGUCAAAUGUUUUAUUCUUGAGAUAUCCACAUUUCAGCCCUUGCUUAAUGCAGGCACGCUGGAUCUCCUGGCCCAUGUCAGACUAAUGCACAUAUGGCAAUAUUAAGGAAAGUGUUCGUUUAAUGUAUUUUUUGCUCUCACAUAUACAGGUGGAGAGACGUCCCCCUCCAAGAGAAAGCUUUGAGAAACACAGGGAUUACCUGUCUGAAGGUGAGUUAUCUUUUUAAAUGUAUUCUGUGCCUGUAGCUGAUUUUGGAUUAUUCAUAUUGUAUCUGUGGCAGACUUAGAUUUGUUUAUUUGUCUAGGAUAUUUUUCCUAUAAGUAUAAAUCCUUUCUUUUUUUUUUUUUUUAUCAUCACUUCAGGUUUAUUGUAAAAUAUGUGAAUAUUACAUAAUUUUUAAAAAAAUUGCAUCCCAUAAGCUCAGUGUGUGAAGGGUGGCUACUGUAUUUAUUAAAUCCAUUUUAAUUUAUUAAACCAACUGCAAUAAUCCCAGGUCUAAUAUGUUUAGAUUGCAAUAACCCGCAAUGUGAUGACAAAUGAGAACCGCUUUGUCCCCAGUACUCAUUCAAAACUAAGGGCUCUGUAAAUAGCAGAGCACAUGUAAAAAUAAAGUUUAGUGUCCACUCAAUUUUGUGGCCACCUCUUUGUAUUUAGAAUUUCUUUUUUACUUUACCGAGAUCAUUUCUUUCCAGCCUUUGCCACAUAUGCUGGGAGGCAUUUCUUGCCAUAUUUUGCCUUUUAAGGAAUGGUUCAAACAGAUGGUAUUGCCUUGUUUCCUGUACGUUUUUGUUGUGCCAGUAUGGCAUGUUGCAGCUCUUUAAAGUAUUUGCGCUCUGUCCUGACACAUUUCUUAUGUUCAUCAUGAAAACCUUGUCUACAUCCCCCUCCUCCCCCUCAAGUAUGGCACAUUUAUUUCUGUUUUAGGCUGGAACUUUCUCUAGCCAGCAUUUUAAUAAAUGUGUCAAGUUUCUGAUAAACCAAUCUUUUUUUGAGUUUAAUUUUAAUACAAGAGGGGUAGCAGCUUUUUGAGUCCCUUGAUUUUCCUCUACUUGUGCUGAGUGUAUUGAUUAAUAGUUCUUCUUAUAUAAUCCAGUGUUAAAAUGCAUACUGUAAAGCAAAUUCCCAGCAUGCUUUUCAUGUCCACGUGCUAUUGGUGGGAGGGCUUCCCCUUUAUUGGUAGGGAAGCCUUAAGAGUGUAUUAGAAAAACCUGGCAGUGAUUUGCACUAUUAAUACAUAUACUCUAAAUGCCUUUUUGGCACUCUGUCCUCUUUAAUAGUAAUGUGUGUACAUUAAUAUUGAGAUUGGUUGGUAUAGCAGUUCUGACGGGUAACCAUGGCACUGCCAAUGUUGGUAAACUAGCAUCCAUGAUGACUUAAGUAUAUGCUAAUAAAAUAAUAUGGGUUGAUUCUUGUUUUGUGCGUUUGUUUUCUCCUAUUCUAACCUGUACACUUCCUUCAAAAAUAUGGUGUUGCUAAAAAAAACUGUGUUAAGGUGGUUCACAUUCCACCCCCAAUAAUUGGUUCAUUAUUGGUAAUUAAUGUGUCAACCUCUGACCUGUAGUGUCCGCAUUACAUUGUAAAUAUAAACAAAAUUGCUGAUUUGGGAUGCUUUUCAUUUAAUUUCUUGUCAUGCCUGUAAUUUAUUCUAUUUUUUUUCUGCCAUUCUAGCAUUCAGAAGACAACACCAGGAUGCAGCAUUCUUCAAAAGCCCUCCCUACGCUGGGUACCCAUUCUUGAUGAUUCCAGACCUUGGGGGGCAUUAUUUGCCCAAUGGUGCUCUAUCACCUAGUGCCCGAGCGGUAAGAAAAUUUUAAAUCUUAUCAUUAUCUGCCUGAAUGAAGUGGCUGUGUGUACAUAUCCUUAUACCACUCUUUCCAUAGGCAGUAUUACUCUUUAGUAUACAUGGAUUGUUCUCUCCUUUUGUUUUAUUAUGCGUUCCAUGUAAUUCAAUGUUUUGGUUUUUAAAUUUAGGGUUAGAAAUGUGAGUGGUUGAAGAAUUUUUUACUGCCCCAAGUUGCCUUGCUGUAAUUACUAUAUUUAAUAUAAUUAUAUUUACCAGAAAGAUUUGUGAGUCUCCAAUUUAAAUAUUCUCCUGAGCUGUGGAUUUGCUUUGUGUUUUUACAUUUUCAUUUGAUAGUAUGAAACUUGUAUGUAUUAAUCUAUCCACUCUGGUAUAUGUGUUGUAUUAGUUUAGUAUGAUUUUUGAUAGUUGAACAACACUAAUUUCUUACCUAAUUUAGUACUUUUCUGGCAAUUUGAUAUUCUCACCAGUAGAAUGCCUUGUUUUAUGAGAGCUGCCUCAUUUGCUGGACAGUAAAUCAGAUGUAUUUAUUUGCAUGAAAAUCUGCAUGGAUACAUAUUUGUUCAUGUUUCUUUUUUAUCUGUUCUACUAUAAAACUUGAGAUGGAUAUAGAUUUUUAUUUUUUUUGGAAUGUGUUUUAAAUUUAUUUGUAUAAUUCGAGCAUGUGCGUAAGGCAUUAUAUGGCUGGCUUAACACCAUAUAUACAAGGUGUAUUAUGUUCAGCAACUGUAUACUUUUAUAUUAUAGGGUAAUAGGCAUUCAUUGUUUGGAAAUCCCUGUAUUUUAGACCUUGAUCAAGUUCUGAUACAAAAUGUGUGGUUUUUCUCCUGAAUCCAUUUUAUUUUUCCCUCUCUAAAUUAUCGAACCUAAAGUCACUACAUUGUGAUUGUUUUCAUGCAUUUGUGAUUCUUUCAUACAAGGUGGGUUUUUUUUUUCUUGCACCAAAGCAUUUGAAAUAUAAGAAGAAAACAAGGAUACAAUAUCUCCCCCUGAAACACACAUUCUUACUACCAUUAUUUUAAAUUUAUAAUGCCACUAUCUAUGUAGAAUAUCUGAGUGUAUGCAAUGGUUAUAGAUAGUGAAUAGUUUGUUUUGUUGCCUUUUAUUCCCCUAUAAUAGGGUUAGCAGCCUUCCCAAUUCUGAAAUACACUACAGGAAGUGCUCCCAGAGUGAAUUUAAUGGGAAGUUACUUUCGCCCACCUCCAUCCUGUUGAUAAAUCUUACUGUCACCAAUUCAGUCAAAGCUGCACACUCUCUGUAGAAUUGAAAAUAACUCUCUAGUAGUGGAGCAUUUUGGGAUACUUAACCCUCCAUAUGUCUCGGACCAGGCGAACAGCUGGACUAGAGGUGUCCUGCUACUAUUGGACUAAAAUACUAAAAAUUUCAUCAGUUUUUGGACAUCGUUUGUAUAAAACGAUUGUAUUCUUAUUUUAUUUUUUGUAUUUGCAUAGUAUUUUAUCCCUUUUUCCCCCCUCUUGCUGCAUUCUUCUGUUGCUGAUUCAAAAUUUUCAAAACAGAGUUUCUCAUCACCCCUACUAGUUUUGUAGGUAGCCUGAUGCUUAAGGACUGCAUAUUCCAGAUGGAAUCUUAUCGUUGGAGUUUUAUAAAAUGUUAUAAUUUAUGUUCCAAUGACACUUGAUUAUUUUCUGGUGACAUAUUGCACACUCUUUUCCUAAACUCAUUCUCAUGUAGUGAUGUCUGUAAUUAACUAAACUAUGUUUACUGUAGUAGCUGCACAUUUAUACAUUUUGCAAACAAAUAUUAAACCCAAAUAGACUGACUAUUUCAUCUGACACCUGCCUACCCAGAUUCCUAAAUUAUCUGAAUCACUCUGUAGAGAUGUAACCAUUUUGGUUGGACUCCAUAACUUUAUUUAAUAAUCUUACACAUGCCAUUGAAAUACAUGAGCCACUGCUUUUUUUUUUUUUUUUGUGUGUGUCCUUUUUAGGUGACCCAAAGUAAAAGACACUCAACUGCUCAAAUACAAACAAUAUCUCACUAUUUAGUGGAUAUACCCCCAAUGAAAAUGUGUAUGCAUUUAAUUGUUUGUAGGGAUUUUUUUCCUUUCCUUUCUGGGCAAUUAGUGCCUCUGGAGUUUAGUUCCACCGAGCUAGACAACCAGGAAGUUAACGGGACCGCUUGUCUGACAGCUAGGGGGUUUAACCAGGUUAAUUUAUAACAGUGCCAAUUUUCUUUUGAAAUCUGCCCUUUUUUGUAAAAUUAAUGGGGACCAGGGCACACUCUUCACACAUAAAGCAUUUCAGAAAGUCAAAGUGCUUUAGUUGUUUAGAGUAUUCCUUUAAGUAAAGUGGACUCUGAACAAAGCCUUGAGAUCCUCCACUUACCUUGGGUAUUUUCCAUUUUAUCCUAUUUAUGAAUGACAUUGUGCACAAGUUUAACUUUUUAAAAUAAUUGCUCAUUAAAACUGGAAUAACAUCUACUCAAAGCAUAAGGCCUAUAUAACUUUUAUGGGAUGCCUCAUGGUAAGUGUCUUUACCAUAGAGUGCAGUAUUCAGUUUCACAAAAACUAGUAAUGUAGAUUAAGAACAGGAAAAUAUUUAUGGGUUGCAGGAUGGGCCAAAGAUCCAUACAUAAUGUAAUUUAUUUGUUAUGUAUAUGUGUGCUAAAAUUUGUAGACACACGUGUGUGUGUGUUUUUUUUUUUUUUUAACAUAAUCUUUGUUAUUGAUGCUGUUUUUGGCGGAUAACAUUUUCUGUGUUAAUAGUGGAUCUUGAGAUGCCUUAUCUUAUUACCUUUUUGGCCCUCAUGACAUUGUUAGCCAGGAGAGCUUCCCUAUAUUUGGUAUGUUUCACAGUUAUGGCUCUACAUAUUCGUUGAGUUUGUCGUCUUGGAACUUUUAAAUUUUUUUUUUCUUCUUCUCUAGUUUGUUUUGUUGAUUUUAUACUAUGCUACAUAGGAAAACAAUUUUUACAUUGACUGACUGUAUUAUGCAUUUUUCCUUGUUUGUACCUAUUAGAACACUUAUAAGAAGACAAAAUAAUACAGCACAAUGCAUGAAUUUUGCUGUGCUGUAAAUGUUUUGGAAAUGUUUGUACAGUAAAAUAAACACAUUCCCACCAUGAAAAGAACAGGCACAGCAAGUUACUUUUAUUCUGUCCAGAGACAGAGGCAUGUUUCAUUUUUAUUAUCCAUAUGGUAUACAAUUAACAAAAGAAACCUAUGGUAAAUAACAGGAGAAAAUUUUGAAAGAUACACAUUGCAAAUAAUGUACAAGUGUGCUUGUCCUGCAAGAACUUGCAUUAACGAGAUUAAUAUUUGUGUUGUCUCUGGUAGGUAAUGUGCUAGAUUGUUGAUAUUCAGAGGGAUUUGGGUUUCUAUAGUUUUUGCAAAUUGUUCCUAUCUUGUUCUUUUGGGGAUUAUGUUCAUUCAACUGUGAAUUGUAGGGAGUUCAAAUCUUCAAGGUUUGAGCCUAAAUAUCAAAUUUCAAGUGAGCCUUUUAAAAAAAAAAAAAAAAUUUUUACUUUGCUGUUUUGUCCUAAAUUUUGCAACCCUUUUGGCUAUGCACUGUUUAGUGAAUGACCUAGUGAUGUGCCUAUAUUUGAGCUGCUGCAUUCCACUGGAAGCAGAAGUCUCUUCUCUCACCACAUUGUCAUGAAUCUACCAUUUGUUUCUUAGUUUGAGCGUUAAUGGGGACGUCUUUACAAUGUUUUACCCUGUAUUCAGAUUUUGCCCUUGACACACUGCUCCUGCGGCUUUAAAUCUGUUCAUCUCUCCUCCUCCCCCCCACCCCCCUUCUAAAGACACAACCUCGGGAUGGAAAUUGCUAAAUAUAUCUUAAUAAUGAUACAGGAUAACUUGUGGUCAGUCAGGUCACUGGGCCUGCGACACCUUUCCAGUGCUUACUCUUUUCGUCUUCCACAACAUGUGCCAGAUAUUUAAAGUUCCUCUUGGAAUGCAUACGGCAGAUAUAGUCCUAGAGUAAGCCUGUGGUGUUUUACUUGGAGACUGGCGGGGGGCUGUGUGCCCGCACUGUGCCCAUAGCCGUGCAGGACGAUGUGUUCCUCCCCUCAAACAGACCUGGCAUUGUUUCCUUUGCAUACGCUGUCUCGUAUUCGUGUUUAUUUUGUGCCUGAAUGGUGAAUUAUCAGUGCACAGAAAAAAAUGUGAAACUCUGUGUAGGGGGUGGGGACAUAUAAACACUGCCUUUCAUGGAGAGCUGGUUUGACCUCCUAUUUUAGUGGUCUGUCUGGUGAUUUAAAAAAAUAAAAAAUGAAAUAGGUUAUAUUACAUUUUGCUUAUUUUUCUUUCACUCUGUAAAACAUGUUUUUUAAACAGGCACUUUCUAUAGAUCUAUAGUCUGUGGUGUCCUUUGACAACUUCAGUUUGUAGAAUACAUUUUUGGGGGAAAAGGGAUUGGGUUUCAUGACGAGAAAUUAACUUAACUCCGGUAGCUGAAUUGCAUAUGUCUUACUGACAUCUGUGGGGAAAUUGUCAUCUAUUUUUCAGAGAUAUGCCUAUAAUAGCAUCUAGCCUUGGGAAAGGAAACAGUGGCCUUAAGUAUAUGCAUUUCCUUCUUGUAUUCAGGUUUAUCAUAUAGCUGAAGUUGGGAAAUGGGAGGACCUUCCCUAUUUGAAGGAACACUCUAAUUUAAAAAAAAAAAGUGUGUAGGCAGGCACUGUUUCGGAGUUCUAUUAUUAUCGCACGUUUAAAAAAAAAAAAAAAAUUUUUUUUUUUAAUGAUUUUACAGAGUGUGGAGGCUCCCCCUAAACUGCUUACCUCUCCUCCCUCUGCGACGUCAUGUUGGACAUAUGGCCUCCUUCACCUAUGUCCAUUGCUUCUCAUAGAAGCACAUUGGAGCUUUCAUAUGCAUGCACACAUCUGUGCGCAUUUACAAUUCCUAGUAGAUAAGCACUGAAUCAAUGAUUUUAUAUAGGGCUUCUGUAUCACGUGACCGCAUUUAACUCGGUUACGGUAGCAGAAACGUCUCAAGUGGCUGUUAUACUGAGAGCCACUAGAGGACUUUAACCUUUCCGAUGUAAACGUUUCAGUUUCACAAAACUUGCAUGGUUUCCAUUGCAGAGAUAAGAGGACUGGGACACUGCAUUAAGGCCAUUUCAUUGAGACUAAGUGGUGUGGGUGACAAAUCGUUUAUUUUAUACAAAAUGGUUUUGGUGCUUAGACUGUCCCUUUAACUGAAGAGAACUGUGGACGAUUAAUUAAAACAGAUUUUCACUAAGGCACAAGUUAAACUAGUAUGUGUUGCCAAGGUACACAGGUGCUGCAUAGGACACUUACAGGACCACAUUUAAAACCACAUGAAUAAGCUCCCACUCCACGCAAACACUGUCUAAAAAGAACAGGAUUUACACUGAAAAAUCUAUAUAUUGUUUGGCAACACACUUUUGUAUUUUUAAAAAGAUUUUUUUUUUUUAAACUCCUUACAUUGAACAGAAGAGUUCUAUACACAGUGCUUUUCAAGAGAUAUACUGUGUAUGCUACAUCAGAAAAGGAAACAUUCUCUCCAUAACAAGUUUUUGGGCUCUGUGGGAUCUAUGUUUCUGUAUCCUGGCUGUUUUAUUCAGGGGUUUGGGCACUACCUGAAGUCUUGGCUACAUCUGUGUAGUGAAAGUGAUAAAACUGUAAUUCUUAGGUUUAGUUUAUGACACUUUUUUUUUUUCUUGCCAAAUGAAUAGGGGAUGGUUUUCAGUUGAAUAUUUGAAGAUGUAUGGAUAGUAGAUUCCUGGAAAUUGUAAAUGUUCACACAAAAAGGGGCCUCAAAACUGAUUGAGAUGUACCUAAGACUAAUUUUCGCUAUUUGUUGUUCAGGAUAAACUAAGGAAACUGUGUCAAUAACGUUAGCUGGUUCACUCAAGCUAGUGCGUUCCACUCGCCCUGUAUUGCUAGAGAAGGAGGGCUCUUGUUAUAAGAAGAUCACUCCUAGUUUAAUCAUUGUUCGUAAGGGAUUUUAAUACAGUGCUUUGAAACCAGUUGUUUCUCAACUACCACAGGAUGACUGAGAGCGUAGAAAUGCAUAUUUAUAUGAAACUUACUUUCCUUCAUAUAGUCCAGCACAGAGAUACUCCCUUUUUCUAAGCCAGAUCCACCUUCAUUGAAGUCCUCCAUUGUGAUGACUUUUGUUUGUCCAGUCUGAUGCUUCUUGUUAAGGACACAUUGUCCAAUGCUUACCAUAAAAGACCCCUAGAUGCACCCAGUAUCUUGCAUCAGAAUGCUCUACAUGUUGACACCAGACAUAAAAUAGAUUCAGUAGGUGGGGGCACGGAGUCUGACGGCAAUGGCAACUGGACAUGUUUUCUAGGAGCUCCUCCAGUCCCAAAUGAGUUUGUCCAGUUGUCAGCGCUUUUGGCCCUUUUAUAUUCAGAUCAGAUUAAACUACCUUGACAUCCUGCAUUGCUUGGCCCGCCUGUGGUUGCCGAAAAGGGAAUCUGCAUCAUCUGUGAGUGAGGCCUCGCGUGCGUUGUGACAGGGAGAGGCGGCCGACCUCCCGACUGGACGUGCAUUGACCCGUGCUUACAUGGAGUUUCAGACCCUUUUCUCUACCCUAUGGGCAGGCGGGGGAGAUCCCGGUCCCCACCAUGAGAGCUCCCUACCUCGGCAGCUCACAUGUGGCGUAACACUCCCAGAGGCAUCUACGACCAACUCACCCGCAACGAAGGCGACCGCAUGUCCCAGGCUGCAGCUGAGGGUGGGGUCUGGAGCACUGACACAGCUAAACUGCGUCCGCGAGGAGUUCUGGCAGGGAUUGCUGAACCACUAUCUCCAGCCUACCCAGAGAGCACUGAUGAAUUGCACGCCUGCACAGCGACCCCGAAGAACCAGGAACCCACACACGGCUGCAGACCCACAGAAGAACCGCCUCAAGAGGCGCAAACCGUGCUAGAGGCGCACAGGGAGAGCAGCGCACAUGCCUAUACCCCAAUGCCGACAUAGAUUUCCCGGGAGGUUUCAAGCGGGGAAAAAAAAGCAAGUGGCACAGGGCCUGUUACACGAUUCAGGUGCUACCUCAUUGUUUCCUCAGACCCCUGGUCCGCCGACUAGCGCCAUAGUGAGGGGCUGUGUUUUGCCCAUGGCUGGCAUAGGCUGACAGGCACUUAAAAGGCUGUGCUUUAGUCCCCACUUAGCCUUAUCUGUCAUAAAAAUCGCUUGAACUUUUCUAUUACCCUUUUUAGCUGAAAUAAUAUGCUCUGGUUAAUCUUUCAACCCCUGUUUUUUUUUUUGUUUUUUUUUUUACUGAGCAAGUAUCUUACUCCUUGUAAUUUAUAAGGCUCUGGACUCUCCCACCUUUCUCUAUCAGAGCUCUUUGUGGUGGAACUCUUUGUUAGACACUCGGUUUGUUCUCUCUUGUUUUAUAUAAAAAUGUGCCGAUCUAUUGAAUGCCAUACAAAUGUCUCACUAUGUUUAAAACAUAACUUGCUCUAGCUGUUGUGGCACAGUAAGGCUGUUGUACUAUCUAUGCACAAUUAAAAAUAAAGAAUAAAAAAAAAUAUAUAGAUUCAGUAAUUGUGUCCGAUGCCCUGACUGGCAGUCACUAGUAGGUGUGGCCAUUACAAAAUGUAAACCGUGACCUUUCUCAGAAACUGUACUUUUAAUUUUAAGCUAGGGGGACAGCAUCUAUGGUUCCAGAUCACUUGAUUAAGAUGAACAUGAAACCUUGUGUUGCAUGUGGUGUUCUUGUGUGUAUAAUAAUAAUUGCUUCUACUGAAACCGCAAACUUCAAUUUUUUUUUUUCUUUUUAUUGAAUAUGGCUUGUUUACAGAGAAUUUAGUGCUGUAAUAUUAUGUGCAUACUUGCAUUGUCUUUAAACAAUUUAUGUAAUUUUAGCAAUAGAGUAUCUCUCUAAUAUUUUUUUUAUUUUUUUUGGUGAAGUAUUUUGCAAUUAAUAUAUAUAUAUAUAUAUUAUGACCUGCCGAAUAUGGGGUACUUUGACAUAGUUGGCAGGCUUAUGCAAUGUAUGAUCAUAUAAUGUAACUAAACCCCCAUCUUUUUUUACCUAGGUGAGGUGUUUUUAAAUAAAACUAUUACAAUCUCUAAGAUUUGAAAUCAUUGUUUAGUGAGUAAGCGAGUGCGCUGUAUUCUGGAUUUUGUAUAUUUUGGCCCCAGCAGCACCCUAUAAUGUAUGCAUGUUCAGGUGAGUGCAGCCCUCUUGGUUUUGUGUGUGUGUGUGUGUAUAUAUAUAUAUAUUUAUAUUUGUUGCUGGCAGUAUGUGAUUUUACAUUUGCACCCUUUGUUUUGCAUAUAGACUGUGUUUACAAUGCCUGUGGUCAGCCGCCUAUGGCACGUGUGCAAUGCAUGGUACUCAGGUCUGCCGGAGACAGGCAGGCAUUGGCCUAUCAGGAGUCCCAGUGGGACUUCAGAUAUCUGCUAGUGCAACCUGAGCGGUGAUUGCAGGUGGUGAGGGACACUUUUCAAUUUCCACACUGCAGCACUUAGAGGAAGUGAUCUCUGAUCACUUCCUCCCUGCACUUGUGACUGGAAUCCGCACUGGAGUAGAACAGUCCACAGCAGCUAUCACAGCUCAUGCCUUUGGCCUGUACCUGGCCAGCCCAGUCUCCACUGCACCCCAGGGAAGCCACCCGCAUUGCUAGAUAUACACAGAGUUGCGGAAUAAGCCUCCCCCUCAUUCAAAUAAUACACAUCGUCCCCACAAACACAACACCACUAAAAAUCCACAUACACGCUCACAAGCAGCCGCUCACAUUUAAUACCAUAAGCAGCCCUACAUAUACACACACCACUAAACACACAAUGUGACAUCCAGACACAAUUCAACAAGCAGCCUCCUUACACGCCCACAUUAACCCCUUAACGACGAGUGACGGACAAGGUCCGUCACUCAGGGGAAAGCGUUAAUGACGAGUGACGGACCUUGUCCGUCACUCGUUAAAAUUAACCCCUGAAUCGCCGCGGUGCCAGCAAUCGCGGGCUUAACGCUGUUGCUGGGUGCCUCCGAGUCAGGGGCAGACCAGCAGCAGCACAUCCCAAUAUCCCAGCCCAUGUGAUCGCUGUGACAGCCAGUCACAGCGGUCACAAUGCUGCUGGGAUAUCUGAUUCGCCUCCCUCCACCACGUGUGGGUUUGUGAAGUGGAGAGAGACAGAUCGUUGCAACAUUGUUUCCCAGAAGAAUAAUUAAGUUCUAUUAAAAGUUCCUAAUCCCUUUCCCCUUUAUUAAAAAAAAAAAAAAAAUGUAAAAAAAUUAACCCUUUCCCUGCUGCUUGAUCACGGUUUUAAAAUUUUUCACACCCAGGCCGAAUAAGUAGACCAGUUUUGGGGUGUGAUUUUUUAGUCAUCUGUCUGAUUGGUUACCGAAUCUUGGCUUUGUCUCCCGCUUAUCCUGUCUUCUCUGAUCCUUGACCUCGGCUUGUCCUAUCGUUGUUCCGUUUCUCUUUACUCCUUUGACCUCUGCUUGUAGCUUGACAAUUCUCUGCUUGUAUAGCCCGGCCAUUCUAAGGACCGGUAUUACAAGUUUCUCUCUCUGUGUUCUCUCUCUCUCUUUGUGGUCUGUCUUUUUUUGGUUUCGGAAUCCAUGACCGCUUUGCCCAGGAUGCAGAUGACUGGGUACUACCCCCGGAUAAGUUUACCACAACUAUUCCCCCUUUUCACAGCAAAUAGUAUGCACUUGUUCAUAAUUUGAAUUGAUGAGCUGCUUAUACUUAAAAAUAUAUGUGGCCUUUGAGAGGUAAUUUGUUGUCCUGAGCUGCUAAAAUGAGACUUGGGCCCAGCAUCCACUUUUGAAAAAUAUGGAAGUGGCGUGUCUCCAAUGUGCCCCUUCAACAUCCACAGAACCCUGAGAAAGGUACACAUGGGGGUAUCGUUGCACUAAGAUGACAUAGCUGAGCAACAUAUUAGGUGUUAUACUGCCGUAGCACACGUAAGGAUAGCAAAAUAUACAGUAACAUCUCCAAGUGUGUGUCAAAAAGGCAGAAAAAUGCUAAUUGCAACUAGACUUGGUACAAACUAACAAAAAAAAAAUCCUACACUAAGGUGUUAGAAUAUACCUUUUGAAAUACCCUGGGGUGUCUACUUUAAAAAAUGGUAGGCCUUUGUGGGGUAGUUUUGAAUUUAAAACCUGCUAAGAUGCUUGGAAAUUGCACAUAGGCCCAGCGUCAAAAUUCAAAGUUCGUUAAAAACUGAUAUGGCUUGGUCUCCUAUAUGGCACUGUAGCUUCACAAAAUAGUGCCAAAGACAUACAAUGGGGGUGUCCCUUUACUCAGAAGACUUAGCUGAGCAUAAUGUGGGGGGAUUGAACUUAGUGGCAAAUGUGAAAUAUACAAAAUGCCCAGUAAAAAUGCAAUCCAUAUGUAAAUACACACAAAAUUAUUUUUUACCACAUACUUUUGCAUCUAUUAGUGAAAAAAUGGGGUCAUAUUAAGGCAGAAUAUGCGCCUUAUGAGAUAUCCUGGAGUGUCUACUUUUACAAAUGGUAGGCCUUUGUGUUUUGUUUUUUUUGAACAGUCAAACUGUUAUAAUACCCCAAAUGGAAGCAUAGGCUCUUUAAAUCCGUCUCUCAAAAUUCUACUGUGAGUACUGAAAAGGACAGGUCUCUGUAGCUUCACGAAAUAGUGGCACUGUAGCUUCACGAAAUAGUGACAAAGACAUGCAAUGGGGGGGUCAUUUUACUCAGCAGCAUAUGUAACUGAACACAAAAUAAAACUUUGUACAGGGAUAGCACACACCAACUUUACAAAAUACACACAAGAAGUUCUUUGUUAUAAGUUUGUGUGCCAAAAACAAAAAAACCCCCACAAUUUUACUCCAAUAUUUAGCAGAGGUUGGCGGUGAAAUGGCUACGUAGAAAGUGUCAAAACAACCUUAGGUAAAUAACCUGUGAUGUCUACUUUAUAUAAAUAUAUACUUUUGUGUGGCAAUUUUGUUUUAUUGUAUGGCUAUUAAGCUUACAAGACAAACACAAUUAUAAAAUCGCUCCACAUUAAAAGUUUAUUUUACUCCUUGUGCUUUGUGACCUGUAACUACCACAAAAAACUGAAAAUCCCAGACACAUUAUAUAUUCUAUAAAUCAGAACAACUAAAUGAAUUUAUUUUUAAUUACUUUCCUUAACCUGCACUAAUUAUGCACACAUUAUUGCAAAAACUGUUAAAAAGAAAAAACACAAAAAUGUUUUUUGUGUGCAUAUUUCUGUAUUUUAUUUUUGUAAUAAGCAUUUAUAUAUAUAUAUGUAUGUAUGUGUGUGUGUGUUACAUCAAAUUAAAGCCCUUUCUGUCCUUUAAAAAACGGUAUAUAAUAUGUGUCGGUGCGAUAAAUUAGUAAAAUGCAAAUUGCAGUUGAACGCAAACAGCAAAAAAUGCUUUCAUUAAGUGAAAGACAAGCUUCUGAAGCUCUGUCCUUAAGGGGUUAAUAGGUAUCAUGCACAAUACCACAAUCGCAAAAAAUACAUUACAAAGCAACUGUAGCACCCAUAAAUAACACAAGUACAAUACGACAACAUACACAGCUCAAUUAAAAAAUAAAAUACAAAACAAAUAGGACCAGCAUGCCAAGGGACUUCAAGAUCUUUUUUUGGCACAGUACUACUUAAAGGUUGCCUAGCCCUGAUCUAUUCUAUGAUGAGAAAAUAUACAAUCACAAAUGUGAAUGUAAUGGCUAUAUACACUGAUUUCACACAAUUUACAGUGUAGCUUCUGUUACAAACUUCAUUUUCUUUCAAUUUUUUUCUAUUAUCUGCACAUUGGCAAAAUUGCUGGGAGGGAACACCUCAUGUGAAGUUACUUAACUGAUAACAUUGUUUUGUAAAUUAGUCUAUAAAUGAGGAGAUUGAUCUCCCACAGAUCAGUGUCUUUAACACUUUACUGGCAACAUUAUCUUAAGAAGGGAUAAUUGGUUUGUUAUUACUUCAUGAGAAUCCAUCACCCAACAGUCUACAAAAAAAUAAAGGUGGCUGAUAAUCUACCUUUCAAACUACAAUUUCAGCUACAAGUGUGAAAAUGGCAACCGACACAAUACAAAUUUCUAUAAAGGGGAUGUGCCUAAAAUUGUUCUCAGAGAGGACGAUGAUCUGAAAAACAAUGCUAAGCAGGCUGCAAUGGAAGGUGUUAAAUGGAAGGCUGCAUAUGUUUUUAGUUUAUCAAAUUAUGGCUACCUAGCAUAACUAGGACAUGUAUUGUAUCCAUCUUGGUAGAUGUACCUGGCACUGUACACGUUACGUAAAGCCAGUUGCCAGAGGUGCAUUUGUCAGUCAGGCCUCAUAAUAGGAUGGGACAUCUCGUCAUUAUUUAUGUUAGUCAGAUUACAAAAAUGAAGUGAUCUGGGCUAAGCAGCCUUCUAUCUGCUGGAAGUUAAAGUAUUUCUAAAAGGCAGAGAAGAAUAAAUAUUGAAAUUACAGCAGAAAGGAUGGCUGAGUGUUAUGGGGUUUAUAGCUUUCAACAGCUCCAGUGCCAGACGACCAUCACAGUCCUAUAAGCUGAUGUUUUCUGUGUCACUUUGCUAAAGAAGUGGCUUAGUCUCCUGUUGCAUGCCAUAUGCCUGCACUCCUGUGGAAAGAGUUAAGCAAUUUGUGGGGGUUAGAGGACAAUGGAGCUGUUGGUGGGAUUAUCUGUCCUCCCUGCCUUUGUCUGGCUCCCUCUUUCUUAUUUAAAAUGCCCCCUUCAGCUACCCUAGAGUGCUGUUAAUGAGCCACUAUUGUAAUGCCCUGUUUGGGGAGGUGAUUAGGAAGAAUUGUCUGGUUGCAAAUUGAAUUCCUCCACAGGCAGGAAUGAUGCCCAGCCCUCCCCCUUGCAUUACAAAUUACCUUGCCCCAAGGGACAGGAGGAGAGCUUAUAGGGCAAUGUAUAUAACCUAACCCUACCCCAAACAAGAUUCCAUUACAGACUAGGCGGCUAAUUAAAAUCCCAUACCUGUCUCAAUUACAUAAUGUGUCAUUGUCCUGUUAUGGAGUUAGUGGGUGGGGAGUUGCGCACACACAGAGAUCUCUAUCUUUUGCUUAUGUAUAUAAGGAGCAUUCAACCAUGUAACUACUCACGUUGCAUAUUCUAUGUCUGUUAUUUUGUAGGAAUUAAUUGUGCCAGGUGGUUUAAAUUUAAAAUGCUGGGCAUCAAAAUGCUCUUGGCAUUCAAAGUGGUGCACAACUGUACGUGUGUGACAAAAAAAACAAAAUGGAGGCAAUAUCUCAGUGUCCAGAUACUCACAAACUAGUAAAAAAAGACAAAGGGGGAGGCGGGGAGAUAGCUUAUCUACUAGUAUAGAAUUUGUACAUUUAAGCUUUGUGGUGUGUUUUUGCAUACAUCUGUAAAUAGAAGACUAAUGAAAAUGAAACUUGAGGGAAAUUUUAAAUAUAAAACCAAAAUUAUCCAUCUCCAUGGGAAAAAAAUAGAAUCCAUUUACAUAUUCUACUGCUUCCUAUUGUGAUUGCUCCACUUUUCUCACAGACUUCUUUAUUUUUACCUCACCCGCCAAGUUCUACAAUACUCGAUAGCCCGGUUACAAUGUUCACACUAGAUUUAGGGACAUUGCAGACUGUCUCUGCUAAAGUGGUUACACCAUAUAGAGCAAACAAGGGAAGGUGCACUUUUCAGUAAAUAAUUUGAAGAAUGUUUGUGUAUUAAAGAGGAGUGGGCCAAACAUUUGGGUAAACCUUUUCUAACUUAUUGUAUUCUGCACAGAUCUGCAUAUGAAAGUGGAAAAAGGGACACGUGCUAGUGUGACACAUUUUAAACUUGUCACUAUAAUGUAUUUUCAGGAUUUAUUUCAGACUGCUGACCAAUUUGUGGGGUUAUUACCGAACUAGUACCUGCUAAAUAGUACUUGAUGACGGGGGUUAAAAAAAAAAAAAAAAGUUUAUACCAAUUUACCAGAAAAUGCAUUUAUUUAUUUUUUUCUCACCUAUUUGGCAAACACUGGGUUACUUACCUAGUUAUGUAUUUUCAUUGUAGUUUCUAAGGGGAAUGGUUAUUCCCUCUAUAAGCUGCACCAAUAAAGAAAAUAUUGAAAAUCGCUUCUGUUACCUUUUUUCCAUGUCAUGUUUAACUUCCUUUUAAAUUUUAUAUUAAAGGAAACCUGGCAUGUCCAACAUUACUUUUCCUCUCUUUAAAGAGCAUCAUGUUCUGUCUAUUCAUUGUGCUAGCAAUUUUGCUUGCAAAUUUAUAGAUUGGAAGAAAUAUCUAUAUAUCUAAAAAAAUAAAAUGGUGUUUUUCCCACCUGUCAAUCAAUUCUUUGGCAUCACCUUUAUGCCGAACUAUUGAUUUGAUAUAGGAUAGCAGAAUAGUCAACUCACAGACUGUCAUUCUGCUCUCCGUGCAUAACAACCACAGCACCUGCGGGAGGAGUAAGGGUGGGGCAAAGUGUUAUACAUGAGUGGAGGUGCCCAAUUGCAGGCUAAAGAGGUGUGGAUCUCUACAUUAAUUUUUUCAUACCUCACAAAUACAUAUUCAUUAAAUAGGGGAUGAGUCAACAUAAUAUUAAAAAUCCUGGAAAGCAGCAGUUUGCCUUAUAGUUUGCUUUCUUGUUGUGUCUUGGCUGGGCGUCUGUUCCUUGACUGACACUCUUUUAGAAGCAUUGGGUUUUGCUGUAUGCAUAUUCAGCAAUGUAUUGCUUAGUGUGUUUUGGGUCAGGUUUUAUGGAUAUUAUCUGUUUUUCCUUCCUUCACAUCCAUUUCCUUCCUUCCACCUCAUUUUUCUUUUUUUGUGCUGAUUCCUGCAGCGCACAAACUGUGUGUAAACAAGUAUGUAACAUGAAAAAGAUAAAACGCUAAAUAAUCUGGAUUCUGAUAAAUCGGUUUCUUUCAUUAGUUAAUGGAAGCGGGAUAUUAACUACUCCACUACUUGUUCAUAUACAACCUUCUAAAACGUCAAUCAAGACAUGUUGGUUGAAUGUGAAAAAAAUUUGAUUUUAUUUUCUAAUUGUCAGCUCUUGGGGUCCACCCCCUUCCUAUGUCUCUGAAUCUGGCGUCUCUUAUCUCGGCUCCCUUCCUGUCUGCAUGUCAAUGGGUACAGCACUUUACAGAUGGUGCCAUAUUACAGAAAUAACAUCUCUGCUAAUUGGUAGUGUGUGUGGUGGUGGUGGGGGAUUUAAGCACACUGUGUCCCCCUCACUCCCUUGUAUUGGCUCUCCAUGCCACCCCCACCCUCCUGUCUUGGAAGGUUCAUUGAAAUUAACAAUAAGUGUUAAGUGAAUGUGAACAGGGGGGAGUGAGAGGGUAUAUACGGUCUAGAUUUGUGCUCACAGGGGCCUUAUUGUUGCUUGGCUUGUGAAUACCUAUAGUGUGAGACAAAGCACAUUCUUCACUAUAAAAGAAUAAGAAGAAAUACGCAUUUCUGUUACUUUUUUAAGGGGUUGCAUGUGUAGCAUAUACCCUUGUAUCAUAAAUGUUCACCAUUUAAUAAUGUUAAUUGGUUUUAUAGUAGGCAACUGUACUAUAUAAUUAACAUAGACUCAGAUUUAGUUAUACUAUUGGUAACUUGUCCUUAAUGCUUCACAUAUUUUAGGGCAAUAAAACUGGACUUGGCAGAUAUACAUUUCAGGAUUUUACUGUAUCUGAUAGACGUUUUGAUUGAUAUGGAACGUUGCAUCCGUAAUGCAUUGUAUCUGAACGUUCUGCAAGUACACAGUUCUUAUAUCUUUCAUAAUUCUUAAUUAUUUACCGUAAAUUGGACUAAAAUGAAAAGGCUCUUGCCAUUGACGACAGUGGUGAAAAACCCCUGGUGCUGUUGCAGUUUUUGGCUACUUCCCCAUGAUGCUUUGCAUCAAUUGCUUUACGCUCUCUUUGCAGUGCUAGAAACCAAAUAAAUCAUGAUUGGGUUAGUAAUCCAACAUUAAUAUCUCUACUUUUCAGAAUUUUUCUUCCUGAUUGGGAAAAAAAAUUCAAUUUUGUCUUAUUCAAACUCCAUUACUUUGCUAUUCUUUCACGUUAAAAAUCUACUUUUUUAUUUUCCUAACCACUAUUUUAAUUGCCAAGUUAAUUGUAUAGUACAACUAUAUAAAUAUAAUUGCAUGUUUUACCUAAACAUUCAACCCUUUGUAAGUUCGUUUAAUAAUGCAGUUCCACAUGGUCCUCCCAAUAGUUCCCAUAAAUAACUGUACCAUUCUUAACUUAAAGGGACACUAUAGUCACCAAAACCACAUUCGCUUAAUAUAGUGUAUAGAUCAUUAGAUCAGGUUCCUGCAUUCUUGCUGCUCAAUUAUCUGCCAUUUAGGAGUUGAAGCACUUUUGUUUUUGUCCAUGCAGCCAUAGCCACUCCUCUCGUGGCAGUAACUGAAACAGCCUGCAAGAAAACAAAUAAUUACAUUUUCAAUCAGAUGUUAACUUGCUUUAAAAUUGUUUAAACAUUUUGCUAUGUAAAUUUAGUUUUAAUCACACACAACUGGUUUCUACAGGGUCUAUGAGUCUAUUAACAGAGCAGAGGUAAGAAAUUAUAAAUUAAACAGACCAUGCAAUAAGGGAAGUAUAAACAUUGGCUCUCGCUUUACAGGAAGUGUUUAGGAAGACUCUGAAGGCCACAUGCAGAGAGAUGUAACUAAGGCUGCAUAAAUAAAGUGAUUCAAUUCCUAAAUGGCACAGAAUUGAGCAGUGAGACUGCAGGGGCAUGAUAUAUACACCAAAAUUGCUUUAUUAAGCUAAAUUUGUUCUGUUGACUAUAGUGUACUUUUAAACCUUAUUUAAAGAAUGAUUUAUGCCCAUGCGAUCAAUAUUCUAAUCCUAUGAAACUCAUACUAUUUUCCUGGUCUACAUAAAGUCAGGUCAAUGUCAAAUGAAAGGUAGUGAGUGAUAGUUUGAAUGCAAUUGUUGCCAAGGAAUGCAAUGAAAAUUGUUGUGUUUUUUUUUUUUUGUUUGGUUUGUCCUCCUUUUCUGUUAGUGAGAUUUUAAUUUUGAUUGUGAAUCUCUUCAUGAUGCUAUAAUUUAAAAACCUUUCUCUACUUUAAAUGCCUGAAGUGAUCUACAGGGUUAAUUUACAUGCAUUGAUCAAUUUAGAUUUCUAAAUAAACUAAAAAAAAGUCUCCUCUCUGUGCUAUUUUUCUAGCUCAGCUAUUUCAGUCCACUAUUUGCAAUUGGCUUUUCAAUUCUCCACAUUUACCAGUUUAGUGAAAAAAGUAUUUUAUACAUAGAAUGUGAAAGAUGAGCAGUUGGUUGCAAAUCAACUGAAUUUACAGUGUUUAAUUGUUUCUGUACAGACAGCUUGCUAUAAAUCCCAUCUCUUUAAAAAUGUGGAACAAAAGUUCCAAGUUCCUUGAGUGGCCUUUUCACUUAUUUUUUUUUUUUUCCCUCCUAUUGCCUUUCGCGAGGGAGGUUGGGGGACAUGUUGUAACUGGAGUGAAUCCCUCAGGCAAAAUGCAGAACAACAUCCUAAUCCCUUCCCAGAAGCACCCAGUUACACUGUGUGAGACAGGUUUGAGAUUUAAUCCAGAACAUGGAUCGAACUAAAUGCACAGUGUUGCAUUAGUAAACCAUGUUCAGAAAAUGCCUUCAGUAUAUAUUUCUAGAAGUAAUUGUUAAGUGAGCAAAAAUGGAGCUUAAACUUUUAAAUAAACCUCCCAACUCCCAUGAUCCUUGGUAACGCUUUGCUUGGAAUGAUCCAUACCAUUAGGUGGUGGUGGUGGUGGUGAAAUAGAUCUACUUCUGGGUAGAUCUACUAUAGAACAUAUUAACAGCAACACUGUUGCAUUGUGGGUAGCACAUUGAAUACCAGGUACGUACUGUACCCUUCCUUGGUUUGCACAUAGUGAUGUUCAUGAAAGACCACAAAAAUAUUAAAACUUUGCUAACCUUGUCUUGCAAUGAUCGAUAUGUCAUGUGUUUCUAGGUGAGGCAUAAUAGAAGAUUACACUUGCCCUACCCAACCUUAAAAGCCUUCUGUAACCAUAAUUCAAUUCAUGCCCAAAUUACGCAUUAAAAAAUAUAUAUAUAUAUAUAUAUAUAUAUAUAUAUAUAUAUAAUUUCUCUGUGUAAUGUGUGUGAAUAUAUUCUUCCAAAUGGCAUCUGAAGAGUACCCAUUACCACAGGAUAAAUUCAGAAAAUCAAGGCAGUUGUCUGUUACAGGGGAAUUGUGGUUUCAUAUUGUUAAACUGGUAAUCUGUGAAACUGUGUUUAAUGUUCACUAUAUAUACAUGUAAACAUUCCCUGACCUAGACCAUUAAAGUUAUUUUAAUUACAUGUGUAGUUUUAGGGGGAAUAUCUUUUUGCUUCAGGCUGUUCCAGUUUCUGAAGGAGUACAAUUUAAAUAAAGGUAUUUCCCUUUGUCUGUUUAAAAUACAAAAAUAGAAGUCUUUAUACUGAUUGCAGAUAAAAACUCUCCAUGCAUUUUUUUAAAUUAUUUUUUAUUUUUUUUUAUAUAUAAGAAUUCCUAUAGGUGGGUGGGGAAAAAAAGAAGUGGUCUGCCAUUUAAAAUGCCAGUCGCUACCUAAAAUGUUCAUGAGCAAGCUCAAAUAGGAUAUGAUGCUUUUAUUGCUAGUUGUAAUCUGGAAAAAAGGGGGUUAAAAUGUAAAGAAUUUAAUCCUAGGUACUUGCAAUUUAAGUGGAUGCCUCUGCACGUUGUGUAUUGGUCUACCAGCACUCACUACACCUUUCAGUCCACCUACACUCCCCAUUAUAUAAAUGUAGGUAGGUACUUUAGAUUGUAUGUAUACACCGCUAUGGAAUGUGAUUGGGAAGUUAAAAAAUGGAAACAGAUGAAGCAAAAAGUAUUUCCUUGUGUAUGAUAUGGCUGGGUGAGCCUCAAUGAGUUUUGUGUAGGAGAAUGGGGGUAAUGUGCUGUCCUUUCUUUUCCCCUUCUCUUCCUCCCAUUUUGUGCCGUGUAGAGGAUCCUGAUGUGUGUUUGCUGUAGACUGAAAGAGGUCUGUGUUCUUGCAUCCUCCCACUCUUAUCCCUCCCUGACAUGUGGAAUUUCACAGCGUUACACGGCCUAACGUGUGUGUCACUUUUGCAUCCUGUGCACCAAUCUACAUAACUUUUUCUUCAAACUAGUUUAAACAAAUUGUCUUUCUCUCAAAGGGUAUACUUUUUAACAGUCUAAUUAUAUUCUUCAGCGAGUAAGCUGAAUUUCUAAGCAGGACUAGCAGGUCUAUACUAUAGACGACACUUCCCAUGACUUUGCUAGAAGUGGCAUAAUGUGUUUUGUGGUGAGGUUGUGUGAUCUGGCUGCCAUAGUGGCCCUAGCAGCAACUCAAGGCACAUCUGUAGCUAUUUUGCCAAAACUGUCCCUUUUUCAAUCUCUCAUGACUUGUUACAUUUUCGAUGCACAAUUGUAGCCUGCACAUAAUCUGUGCUCCCUUUCUAACAGACUAUAUAUUCGUUCCUUUCUUGUCUUCUCUCUACAGUUAUUGAGGCCUCCUCGUCUUAUUUCUCCACACACACCUACCUCGUUUGCCUGAUGUUUUUAACAUUAUGGAAUAGCCACUUGAAGUUGGUAAACUGUGAGGACAUUUGGUUGGGGAUAGGUUAAUGGGGCGAUACUCUGCAGAGUAACCCCCCUCCCCCUCCCCAGGCUGUGCACACAGCUUCUUGUCUCUCACAGUCUGAAAGAAACUAUUCAUUCUCACAAUACCCAGCACAGACCAUGAAACCAGCUGAGCAGGAUUCAGAGCCUGCGGGGCAACUCCCCCUUCUACCCCCUCCCCUCCUUUAGAGCCCCUCUACAACCCUGUAUUCUGGCCCAUCACAGCAAUCUUAACAAUACAUUCAGUUCCCACAUGCCUUAUUGCCUUGCAGAUUGUACAUGUGUUCAAGCUGACAGAACAGCAUGGGUUUACACUGUCUGUUCUUUGUCUGUUAGACAUAAUGUGGCCAAAUAUCAACAGGCUUUACGACCAUUACAAGCAUGCAUUUUCUUAACCUAUACGGUCUAUCUCAGCAAGAUUUUCCAUGUAGCCCACGUUUCCUUUAUCCAUUCGAUUUCCUAGGGAUCGAGUUGCUCUCCAAAUAAAGGGCUUUGGUCUAUUUUGUCAGAUGUUUUUUUACAUGUUAUUUGCACUGAAUUCCUUAACAUGUUUGACGAAGAUGGCUGUCAUUGGUUUCCUUUUCAGUAAUUAUUUAUUUUUUCUUCUGUAAAUCAUCUCGAAUUGUGAUUGAUGAAAGUCCAUGAUAUUAUGAACUAAUUGAUAGUUUCCUGGUCAAGGUGGGAUAAUUGAACUCUUUAAGGUAAUUUGCCUUUUUGAGCGGUUUGUUCUGUGCAAAGAUUUCGAUUCUGUAACUGCAGCAGAACCAGUAAAGAAAUGUAUAGACUGUGGAUAUUUUGUCUCUCUAAUCCACAUAGGGAGAUGAAUGGUUAAUCUCCCCCAUAUUGGUCAGCGCUACACGCACACAGACAGCUGCGAGGCCACAUCUGGCUUGUAUUAUUUUGGGGAAUGAACGACUUGGAGGGGGGCUGUGAGCGUAUGAACGAGGUGGGGGCUGAGGGGGGUCUUUAAUUAUGAUUCUCAUGUAGUAAAAUCCAGCUGCGCUCAUAACUUUCUCUGUUUUUGUUAACCCAUUCUGUGCCUUCAAUCUUUUUUAUAAUAGGCACUUUUUAGGCAACAGAAAGGACAUGCUUUAUGACUUGCCAUAUUUUAGUUAUUGGCUUGUAUUUAUUCCAUUGGUAAUAUUUUCAUUUGAGAUGUAUAUAAUAAUCUAUUUUCGGCAUAACCUAUUCAAAAUACUUAGGGCCAAAAACAAAGUAUGGUUUUAUCCCUGGUUAUAAUGUUUAGUGCCAAGAGGUGAUCCGCUGCGUGAUGCAAAAGGGGCCAGGGAACCAUUUUCAUUUAUUUUUUUUCUUCGGUGGCAUUUUUGGUGAGUGCCAGCUCUGUGGUUCAGUCCAGCUGUGUAUUUCCAGACUCUGCUGGUGCAAUCCUCCAUAUGGCAUCCAGUUGGCUAAGGAAGUAUGCAUGUGAUCCCUGUGUAAUUUCACACUAAUGGGAGGGGGUAAUUCUGGAAUAAUUGACACCUCAGGGGCAGCUGUUAAACUGCUUUUCCCAUAUAUUCUGUCCCAAAACAGAACCAUCUCUCUCAAAUUUAGGGCAGCUUUAUUUUCUGUUAUAAUACAUUAUAGUAUUAGCUGCACCAAUUUUGUAAGAAUAGUUUGGAAUAUUACAUGUCUUACAAAUAUUGGGUUAGUCAGAGAGGUGAUGGUGAGCAAACAGUUGUAUUACCUGCUUUGAACGAAAAUAAAGAGGGUAGUAGAAAUGAUAACCUCUGCUCUUCCAAAUUAAAAAUAAAGAAAUACUGCAGCCUUGGUGUGAUUGUAAAGGAGAUGUGUAGAAAAUUUUACUCCCUGAAAUGCUCUAGCACGUUUUCUUUGCUAUUACUUAUCAUUGUGACUUUGUAAAUAUGGUAAAUAGAGUUAAUAUGGAUCGCUAGAGUAUCUUUCCCCAGCUUUAAACAGGUGGGACUUUAAGCUGUGCUGGGAAUUAUAGAGAUUUGACAUGGGAAUUGUAAAUUGUAGGCCAAAAUGGGAAAACAUUCUUCAACUCUGUUUUACAUAGAAUGGUUAGAAGUCCCAGUUACCAGUCCCUGGAAGAAGGUUUAAAUUUGCUUGUAGAUGGUACACAAGUGGUCUGAUAGAUAUACGUGCAAGUGUCUGACGCUCAAACGAGGCAGUGAAAAUCUAUAUGACAAAACGAUCUGGCAUAUAAGAGGGUAAUGACUGGUAAUCUGCAGCUAAUAAAAAGAACCCAUUUAAUGAAAACACUGGGGCAGCAAGUGAAUGGAGAGGGGUUGGUGUCUAGUUGAGCUGUGGGUAAAGGGAAUGAAUUGAAUUUCUGUUUAGAGGCUCAGGGGUGAUGAAGGGUAUUGGGGCAGAGAGCAGAUUUGACCAAACGCGGAGGGGGCAGGAAGAGUGAGAGCAGGAAGUGGGAUAUGGGAGGAAAGCAGUAAAUGGCGUGAACAGCUAUGGGGCAUUUGUGUGUGGGGUUCAGAUUUCAGCAGAGAACGCAGGACGGAUGUCACCCUCCCAACCUCAACUUUUCAAUAGUCUCCACUAUUAACAUCUGAUGCCUGCAUUGCAUUAUAGAAGGGGUUAACCCCUGCAGUGCCAAGGUCACUGGGCUAAUGUGUGACAAUAAAAGCUAUAAUGCAUUUUAAGAAUGUUUUGACCUCUGGCUGGUAUCCUGGGAUUUUUCUAUGCAUUGGAAAAAUGUGCACUCUCCCUCUCCCCCCUCCCUCCCCCCCUACAAAAAAAAAGUGUUUUUUUUUCUUGUUCACCUAUGCUUCAUCCUCUGUCCUGUGUAAAUUACAAUUUUUAUCUUGUGUCCUCCUACCCCAUUACUAUUUAGUUCUCUCAUAUCUCAGAAACUUUUCAGUCUAGUGGCCAAAUGAGACUCCUAAAUACAAGUGCAAUGCAGGAUGUAGUAAACCGGGUGGACACACAUGUAAGUCCUUUAACAAGCCACUUGGUUCCUAUUUAUGUACAAUAUUAAAUAUGGUGUCAGUUCAGUCUUCUGUCCUGCCAUACAGUUUGUGUUGUCUAAUUGUUGAAUGUGUUGGAGGUCAAAAAAUGAAAAAUGGUCUUCUGUUUACUGUAUAAUCAAAGAAUAUAAAAAACAAGUUGGGAUAUUAGUGAAGUAGGAUUUAGUACGAGACAAUGCACAUUAAGCCACUCUUAAGCUUUUAGGAGUAUAAAAUGAUUUCUCCCCUCCCCCCCCCCUCUGUUUUUUGUGUGUGGGGUGGGUUCUAUAAAUAAUCUCUGUACGAGAGAACUGUAAAAUAGAAAAACUCUGUUGCCCUCCUUUUGCUCCAUCUCUUUUCCCCUUGCUAAUGGCUCCUAUUGUGUCUCAGUGAAGAGGUGUCUGCCUCUUGUGUGAAUAGGCCUGGUUUCCAAGGAAACCCAAGCCAAAGACUAACCUUUGACCCUUUGAAAUAACCCCCCUCAUUUGAUUGGGAUCUGGAGUAGGUCUUGAGUUUAACUCUUUCUGAUUUACUAUUUCAACAUAUAGAUUAUUAUUAAUUUUAUAUCUUGGUUUGUGUUUUUAUUUUAUUUUGGAAUUGAAAGAAGCAAUGGCUACAGCCAAGAAGGUCCUGUAUUUUUUGCUGCACCAGACUAUCUUGUAAAUAAUGCUUGCUCAUAAGCUUGAAGACACAUUCAAACCUAUGGAACACUUUAAAGGUUACUCUAAGCAUCGUGACCACUGUAGCCUGCUGUAGUGGUUAUGAUGCCAAGAGUACCCUGGCCUGGUUCCUUGGUAAUGGGGCAAAUAAUUUAGGAAUGGUUUGCCCUCUUACCUGGCCCCCUCCAGGCUCUGAGGCUCCUUGUGGUUCCAGUGACACACUUUCACCUUUUUCAGAGGGGCAGAAGCUAGAAGCUGAUCAAGUUGCCAUUUAUUAGCUGAGACAACAGCUGACCACUUUCAUCCAAUGAAUGGCACUCUGAACGAAGUUCCAGGCUGAUGCCCCAUAAUGCUACCGAAAGUAACAGUUUUAAGUGUCAUUUGGUAUGCAUAAGUACAUUGUUAUAAAGUACAUUUGGAAAUUACAAUGUCCCAAACUCCAUCUAGUACAGAAAGUGGCUUCAGAUUGGUUUUAUCUUUUUUUUUUGGGGGGGGGGGGGUUUAAGACAUAUUUUGGGCCAAUAUGCAAAUAUAACUAGGUUUUUGUUUACAAAGACAUUAAAUUUAACACUAUUUUAUGAGUGCUCCUGUGGAAAAAGUGAUAAUUCUGUCCAUAUAUAUCCUUAUUGGUACUGAUUCUUUUUGUGGCUAAUCUUAGAGACCUUGGCUGGUGUGGAGUAUGUUUCCUAUGAUUCACAGACCACUAACUACUUGCCUUGAGUGUCAUGGGAUACAUAGGCCAGAGCAUCUGGAGUGCCAAAGGUUAGCCAACAGUGCUUUAGACUAGAGAAACCCAAAAUAUAGAUGCACGUUUUACAGGAGGAACUCCUAUAAUACUUUGCCUGCCUUUAGAAUGGCAAAGUGUCAUAGAAGUCGUAGUUUAAAAAAAAAAAAAAGCACCCCUGCUUUAGAUUGUAGUUUUAAAACUGUUGCUCUCUUCUGUUGCAUUAACGUGCGUAAACGUGGUCAUCAUCAGUAUGUAUUGUCAUCAGUAUGUAUUGUCAAUGACUAUUAAUAGGGAUGACCAUCACAUGACUUUGCACACCUCUCCAUUACUGAAAUGGUUAAAUCACCCCUUGCAUCUCAGUCCCAUCUUGUGUGCCCCCUCCCCAAUGAUUUUCCCUCCACCCCACCAUGCUAGGGGCCCCAUGAUCUCAGCUUGAACAUUCCUCCCCUGUAACUGGAUUUGCAGCUGUUUAGGAAGAAAAAAUCCUGUCUGAAAAACGUGCAUGAGAAAUUCAAAACAGCUUGUCCUGCUGUCAGAGGAAGGGAGGGGGUAGAUUGUUAGGUGGCGAGACAUUGAAAUGGAAGGACUCUGCAGAGUAGUUUGCAACCUUUUAGCACUGUGGACUGCAGUGGUGCAUCUUUUGUUAUUUCAAAUGCCACAUUUCAUAGAAAAUGUUUUACAGCUAUUUCAUCUGAUUUUGGGUGCUUUCAUUCCUGAUGUCUCUCGAGAAAAGAGUUUACUUUGCAUUUUGAAAAAUAAGCCUGUAUCAUGGGUUUUGUACAGCAGUGAUUCUCAGACCUGGCCUCGGGGACAGUUGCCUACCCUGUGGCGUUUGCAAAUAUUCAAAAUAAAACCUCAUUAUCCACGCUCUAAAGUUCUGCUUAAAUUCUCAAAUCUACUUUCUUUCACAUUCCUUGAUUCAACUUGAAGACCACCUUUCAAGGUGUUUUCGUCAGAUUGUGAUGCCUGGAUUACUGUUUGAGAACAACUACUGGAUUGUUAGCUCAGUAGACUGAAUGCCUCUAACAUAAUGCAAGAUUUCACAUGACUUUUAUUUUACCAUAAUAUACGAAUUGAAGGGAGUAAAAGUUGGCUGCAAAACCUACAUUGUUAGAGUAUUCGGUCUACCUGGUUGCGACAGUUACAAGGCCUACAGAGUACCUGUGAUAAGGCAGGAUAUUCUAAGAUUAGAGUACAGCUCAGCAUAUUUCUGUGUGGUAUUGACCAAUUUGCUGGAGUUAAAGGAGAAUUGCACUUGAGUAUGCCCACUGUCUGUGCAUCUCCUCACCAGGUCUUUUCUAACUCUGCUCUCAUUGUGUCUUUUUUUUUUUUUUCUCCCGCCUUUCCUUCGUGGGGUUUUUUUUUCCUCUCAUUUUUUUCCUUGCAGCUGUGUCCUCUUGUUCCUCGCUUAAGGAAUGCUAGAGAUAUCUGAAAGUGGCAACUCCCAGAGUUGUUUUAUAUCCAGAGAAUAAACUUGACUGAGUUUCAGGAAAGAUCCCACAUUGAAACAUGACCUGAUCUGAAGCCAUAUUGGUCAAUGUAAAGAUAUCUGAACCCAAUUGUUACGCACAAGUUUUUGCAUAGGUGUUAAGUGACAGCCUGCAUUAGAAGCACAGCUUGGUAUUUAAACAUCUGUUAGGGUUUGGCCCCCUAAUACUACACCCUAAGAAUGAGGAGUAGGCACACAAAUACUUUGAAUAAUAAAAAAACAUGCCAUAACAUUGAGAUUUUUUUUGUUUUUUCUAGAUGUCACAGAAUGCAGGAUUUCUAAAAAAUUGCAGUUGUAAAAUAAUGCAUUUAAAUACUAAAGAAGGGACUAUACAUGUAGGUUGCAUUUGAAUAUUUGCACACUAGUACUACUCAUCAUUCCUAGCCAGCCUCAUGGAGUUGAUGUACAACUAUGUUAUAAUAAGGCAUGUUGCAGCUGUGUUAUACAUUGCCAAUGACAAAACACUUUUUCCAAAUUUUAUAGUAGUUGUGUCUGUUUUAAAUCAGAAGUGUGGGCAUCAUUUUCAUGUGUGGCAAAUACACCUUAACUGAAGUCUUUCUCUGUCCUGAUCUUUCUUCUCACUCCUAAUAUGGCUGUCACAAACCAUGUGUUGCUAUGGUUAAUGUUGCAUUUUUACUCUUGCACUGUGCAUUACCGCUAUAUAGCAAUAUAUUCUGAUGAGGUAAAGGAAACUUGGCUACUGCAUUCUAAGUUAACUGUAAAAAUAAGAAAACAAUGCUAGCUAGAGUUGAAGUCCUUUCUUCUGACCAGAAAAUGCUCUGAUUAGAGUAACUUGGGUAAAUAUAAGCAAGAUUGAGCAACUUCUAGAAUGCAAAUGUUCUAAUUUAUGUAAACUGAAAUUCAGACGAACUGAGCGAGUCUGGUGACAAACAUGUAUUUGCUCUCUCUCACACUAUAUUCCCUUGGAAGAACAACUCAAUCACUUACAUUUUUUAAUAAUUAAUAUUUUUGUUUCAAGUGUAGUUCUGAGUAAGCAGGUUUCUAGUUGCGCUAGAUACAUGAAAACAAUUUUGCAGUGUUGUAUAUAUCUAUGUACAAAUGUAUAUUUUUUUGUAAAUUGUAACGGGUGGCUUAAGGAUAGCUUGUUUUAAUCUUGGUAAACUGGUUUCCAUAGAAACACCGUUGCAAUGACUAGAAAAAAACAUUUUCACUGGGAUACAGAUAUUCGGUGUAUAACAAGUUGUUGUUUUAUUUUUUUAUUUCUUGGUUUACAGUCCAUAUAUGGGUUUUUUAAAUUUUAUUUUAGUCAUUCCUUAAAAUACAAUAACUCAUUCAUUUGUCAUAGGAGGAACUGUAUAUGUUUUUCAUAGGUGACUAGUGACGGUGACAGCACCACUCUCCUAGCUACUCACCCCUUCUAAUAAACUAAGUGAUCUGCUAACUUCUCCCUCAGUUUAGGACAUUGUGCGCAUGUUGUUCCUGCUAAUACAAAAAAACAUGAAGUGAUGACAUGCUCUGUAAUCUCUGUCAAACAAUACUGUUUAGGUUUCUUUCCAGUCAGUCAACUUGCAUGUUUGUAAAGGACUGAUCGCAGACUUGUUAAUUUGUUCUUGUUGUGGCGAAAAUGGCAGCACACAGUGCAAACGCCAUCAUUAGUGAGGGCAGGAUGGGUGAGUUUUCCAAUACUUUGCCCUCGUGACCCAAUGGAACAUCCAUUAAAUAUGUUGCUUAACAAGACUGUCAUGAAUGACAUAGAACAGAAGGUAGAGGAGUCAAUGAGUGUCACUUGUAGUGACACAAGCUGGCUGUUUUAAGGAUGGGAGCCUUUGCAGCUCAGGGCAAAGCCAGAAAAUCACCCUUGAUGUUCACAUAACCCCCUUGGUAAACUGGAAAUUCGGUUCUACCUAUUCGUAUAUGUGAUGCUUUUGUAUUGUACAGUAUUUGCUAAGUAUUUUUCUGAAAAGCAAGUUUCCAGAUUUUGAUAUUCCGAUGAGUAGCCCUUUCCUCUGAAGGUGACUGAAUUUGUGUAGAUAGGGCAUUUAAUGAGAGCCCUUCAUAAAUGAAUUGGAUCUAAAAUUAUUUACUUAUACUUUUAUAUUCUAUAUUCAACUCAGAGGUACAGUCUCCAACUUCAAAUUUGUUUCUUAUGUUUCAGUGAUGCAUUCUGCUAGCUUUUCAGUUUCAAACCCGUUGACCAGAACUUAAAGUUAACUGAUGUAUGGUAUCCAGGUAUAUUGUGCUAAAACAAGUUCCCUGUCUAUUAAGUCUCCCCCCUACCCCUCUCCAUCUUAGGUUAUUCACUAAAUUAUGAAUUGUAAAACCAAAUGAAUUUCAAAUUUUACUGCAAAAUGGUUCAACUGAAAACCUUUUCUAGGUUUCUAGUUUGGGAAAUUUGGCCUACAAUUUGACAUUGAAUUCCCAACAAUUCACACUUUUCGUGAAUAGCCUGUUGUAUUGCAGUUCCGGUCACUGUGUGAAUUUCGGCUGUCCUUUUUAUUUUUUUUUUAUUAUUUUUUUUAAAUAAAUUAAAUUCUGGUGGUAUCAUUAAGUAAUCAGGCUGAUGGACUCACUCAAACUGCUGUGCUAGAAUGUUAAAGGAGUAAAGUCUGCUUCAUGAAUGGGAUCCGAUGGACUAUGGCUUUAAGUUGUACAAUGUAAUCAUUGGUUCCAUUCUAUAAAUUAACCAUUUUGAUAAACAAACUCAUGCCACAAUCACGUACUCUAGUAGCAUUUCCAUAUGUGAAAAUGAUCGUACCUUUUAAAUCCCUGGCCAUGAAUCAUGAAGGUGAGGACUGGGAGGCAGACUGCGGUUCCUGUACUAUUAGGCCCCAUCUCAACAACUGGAAUAUAAACAAUGAUAUAGCUCUUUAACCUUCAUUACAAUACCAGAGCAGAAUAUUGUGUGCCCAACUAACCAAACAACCUGCUCUCUAGUUUGUUUUUACCUUGUUUUUCUAGACAAUGAAGUAUAUCUUAGUGUCCCUGGGGGGUAGGGUUGAGUAUAGAGUAUUUUUGGCUGCAAUGUUGAUGACACAGGCAGGAAACUGCACAGUGAGUGACAUCACCCUGCCUGCAAGAAGAUAAACAACUAUUUAUUAAAUACCGAGGCUAAGAAACUAAUGUGCCUCUUAUUGGAAACAUGUGCUUUUCAAGAUGCUGUUUUUUUGUUUUUGUUUUUUUCUGGUAAGUCUAAAUUUUGUGCUGGGUUUCUUUUUUUUUUAUUUUUUUGGCAGAUUUCUUGGAAACAAGUUGCCUAAAAUGAGGUUUUCAAAAUACUAGUGUCGGUUAUGGUGAAACUUUCCAACUCAAUGACUGGUAUUGCGAUUUUUUUUUUUUUUUUUUUCUUGUUAAAAUGGUCAUCCUCCAGCAUAGGGAAGCCUUUAAUAGAAUACUUGAUUGGCAAAAGUCUAAGAAAACUUCACAUUUUUUGUUUUAGGUGUAAUUUGUGUGUUUUUAUUGGAACAUUUUAAAUUGUAAGAACACUAUGUAUUUCUUAGAACCUUAUGUGGAUUAUACUUCCCCCUAUAUACUACAUGCUGCAUGUUGGCCUAAGUGAGCCGUGUUUGCCUCGGGAACAUCAGGUGUGAAUUCAAUUUCUCAUAAAUAUCCUGCCAGGUUAUUGGGAUCUGUGUGCAUUGUGAAACUGCCAAGUUGGUGUCUACUGUUUUGUUUGCAAAGUGUGUUGUUUGGUUAAGAAGAAGAAAAAAAUAUACUAAAAUAUAAUAUAAUUGUAAAGCGUAAUUUUAUUUCACUUAUAUGCUGCAUGGACCUAUACAUUAGGAAACUUAAAGCAAACUCUUAAGGGCUGUCCAGAAUCUAAAUGUCAGGCAUCAUUUCCACCUUUCUUUUUGCCUUGUUAGAGCUGCUCCAUUUUGGUAUGUUGUCCUGCACUCUAUUAAUGGCUUGUUCUGAAACCUAUGAUUUUACAUGUGUCGUGAUGACCAGUCAGAUAUGACACUCGGUAAACUUUCCAAUUCCGUUGGGUCAUUCCCACCUUACUGUGAAAUCUCACAUGUCGAUCCUUGGUUUACUCCAAUUUUUAGAAAAGCUGUGACAAACCUUUGCUCACUGAUUCUUGUGAACCGCACCCCCCUACUCCUUAGUAAUCUUAUGUAUUUGUAUUAUUUGCCUGGAGAGACCAAAUUCAUAAAUUUAUACAACAGGGAUCAUUGUGCUCUUACUAGUCCUAUCUCUAACACUUGUAGGUUACGUGACCAAUGCACAUGGUUGCUUCCAGUGUAGUCAUUCACAUCUGACCCAGAGGCAGCUAAUACUGACAUUCCUACUAUGCUGCAUUAAAUCGACAGUUGGUUUCAGAAGGAAAGUGGGUUUCUGAGAGAAUGAUGGGAUACAAUGUAAUGGACUGAGGUUAAUGGGUGGGAUGUACUUGCUUAAAACCAGGAAUUGUUCAUUUAUUUUAAAAUCACUUUGAGGGCCUAAUUGGUUACAUACUUACCCACUGUUAAUCGAAGUGUAAUGGGGCAGUUCAUUGUUUUUGUUUUUUACGCAAACUUAAAGGGACACUAUAGUCACCAGAACAACUACAGCUUAACGGAGUUGAUCUGGUGAGUAUAAUCAUUAUAUGCUAGCAUUUUCAUGCAAACACUGCCCUUUCUUGUUUGUCAGCUAGGGUUAACCCAUUUUUUCAUAAACAUAGCAGUUUUUUCAGAAACUGCUAUGUUUAUGAAUGGGUUAAGCCUUCCCCUAUUUCCUCUAGCGGAUGUCUCAUUAACAGCCGCUAGAGGCGCUUGCGUGCUUCUCACUGUGAUUUUCACAGUGAGAGCACGCAAGCGUCCAUAGGAAAGCAUUAUGAAUGCUUUCCUAUGUGACCGGCUGAAUGUGCGCGCAGCUCUUGCCGCGCGUACGCAUUCAGCCGACGGGGAGGAGAAGAGGAGGAUCGGAGGAGGAGAGCUCCCCGCCCAGCGCUGGAAAAAGGUAAGUUUUAACCCCUUUCCAGAGCCCGGCGGGAGUGGGACCCUGAGGGUGGGGGCACCCUCAGGGCACUAUAGUGCCAAGAAAACGAGUAUGUUUUCCUGGCACUAUAGUGGUCCUUUAACCCCUCUUAAAAGUAUGUUAAAAAAAGAAAGCAAUUAAUUUACCUGUAAUCCAGUGUGGGAGAGACUCCUCACACCAGCCACUGCUCCAUUUCUGAGAUCAUCAGUUGUGAUGACCGUGGUCCAUUCCAGUGCUUCUCAUAGAGGAGAUCCACAAAUUUAAAAUGCUUUUCAGAGUUUUUAGUAAUCCAGUUUGAUGUGAUGCUGAAAAUUAAGUCCUUAGAUUUUAGAUUCUAGGUCUUCAUGAGGAAAUGCAACUAGAGAUGCAUUUUCUAGCAAAUGUUAACAGUGUUUGUUUUUUAAUUGCCAGAAAAAAGGGACACUACGUGCCAAAGCCACUUUAUUAAGACGUAGUAGUUUGGGUCGUUAUUGCCCUUUUAAUGCUUGUGUAUAGGAUUUUAAUAUUUUAUAGUGAAAAUUAGGUUUGCUCUGAAACGCUUGGAAUAUUUCACUAUAAAGUAAUUAUUUUGUUAAUCUAGGAUGAAUCACGGAUUAUGGUGACUUUAUGUAGUGAAUACCAUUGCCAUUCACUUGCCCUCAUAGCCAACAUUUCAUAGAAUUUUCUUCAAGUAGUGUUGUGUUAAUAUGGAAUAUUUGUGCUUCAGAGUGAAUUACAUAAGUGCCCCUAUUAAAAUGAUGCACUACUAAAGAUAUGUUUGCCCUGCCUGUAACCUCAGUUCUACUACUAGUUACCCAAUUCUCCUAGAAAGUGUUUUACAUUUAACAUGUCACGCCUGAAACAAUGAAUCCCGUUUCUUGACACUUUGAAACCUUUAAAUAACAUAUAACUGCACAUAACUCCAAAUGUGCAACUUUUAUUUAUUCUGCUUCAGCAGUUUCUAUACAAUGGCACAAUAUUCUAUUGUGAGUGCUCCCAAGGACAUUGUUUAAUAUUGGCUAAAUCUCAAUCUCUUCCUGGUCAAAUACUUCCGAAAUAAUAUAUAUAUAUAGAUAUAGAUAUAGAGAGAGAGAGAUUUAUUAAAAAAAACUAUAUGAAAACUAGUUGCUGGCUUAUAGAUGGUUGCCAACCCAUUUUCAAUUUAUAUCAACUCAGUUGUGGUGGGGAAAAAAUGUGUGGAUGAAAACCCAUUCCACCUGAAGUGGAUAGUUAAUACAUUGCUAAACACAAAUACACACACCAGUCAAGCCAUAGGACUUGCUUUUCCCACAGAAAUCUCACUUUAACAGUGCUCUCAAUAUUGCAAGGGAUUCUGGGUAGGCGUAUGCAAAUGAGCUCAACAAAGAACCACAUUGUUUUUAUUCAUAAUUCCAGUUUAUACAUGGAUUCCUUGGAGUAUGUGUAUGCUGUAUACAACAGCUUUGAAACACAACUCCUGAAGAGAGCACUGUUAAAGUGAAAUUUCUGUGGGGAAAAGCAAGUCUUAUGGGUUGACUAAAAGAUGAAGUGUUUUUUAUUUUUUUGUUUUUUUACCUUCUCAUUUUAAAAUGCUUUUCUUCCUGGCAGAUGUGAUGCUUGUGUUUUUAAGGUCCAGUUUCACUCCUCAUGCCAGCAGCCACCAUGGAUCAUAGCCCAAGCCUUUUUUUCCCCUUGUUAAUGUGGGGGAAGAAAUGCACUAAGCUCUUUUUGCAAGGUGUAAUCCCUCUGGAAUGAAGUUUGUUUGCUCACAGUGUAUGUGUGUGUUAGUGGAAGAGCUGAAUGGGGGAUAUGGGCAGACAGCAGUGCUUUGUCUCCCUGUCACACUCCCAUCCUAGCAUGGCUGUUCUGCACUACUUCCUGGGAGGGCAAGGGUAGAGGGCAGUGUGCAUUGACCCUUAGCAUGGAAGACUGUGUGACUGCAAAUAUAUCUCAGUGUUGAAACUUGUACAUCUAUAAUCCACACCAAUAGCAGGCAUACAUACAGAAUAUGGACAGCAAGCACUGUCCUGUGCCUCUUGGCGGUCGGUGAAUAUCGGCACAUUUUGUGGAGAGCACUAUAAGGGUUAUGUAUAAAGUAUCCUGUCCUGAAAAGUGACCUACAGUACUAAAAGUGGGAUAGCCACCUUGGAAACCAGUGGAACACAUUUCAUAGUUAUUUUCAGAUCAUGUUUUAGGUGGCAUCCCAUGUUUUCCCUAUAUAGUAAUUAUCCACCUUAAUUUAAAUUUCCAAUCUGUACUGCAUGCCAAUGGAACCCUUUUUUAAAUAGCAAUUUUGAAUAGGUUUGCCCUUUACAAAGUAUGUAUUUAGGGGUUCCUAAAUACCUGCUGCCUAUUUGAUAGGCCUUGCCUCAAAAUCUGAAUGUGUGAAGUUGUCCACCACUGAAAGAAGACUAUUGGCUAAUGGAUCUAAUGCAAGAGCAGACAAAAAAUGGUCCUGCCACAAAGCUAUUUUAAGAUUCAAAUGCUUAUUACCCAGUCAAAUGAGUUGCAAUCAGCUGUAAGGUUUGUUUGCUUACUGUGUGAUGGUGUGAGUCGGGCAGUAAACAUGAUGUGAUGGUGGUUGUUUGGGGGUUAGUUUUUGUUGGAUUCCUUAUUUUACUACACAGAAGUAUUUUUGGGCCAGAAAACUAUCAACAUAGUAUAAAGUUAUGUGGAGUUAAUUCUACCCUCCCUUUUGCGAGUGGCUAGGAGGAGUCUGGGGUUCCCUCUCUGUAUUUUUGUCUCCUUGCCAGAGUUGGGGACUCCCCCUCUCUACCCAGCUCCCUUUCAUCCAGCGCUCUGCAAGCCGCAUCAAAGACUCUGCCGGAGGAAACAUCACCCUGUGUAGGGUCAUUGGGAGGCUGUCUGAAAUCCCAUACCCCCCCCACCACAAGCAGCUCAGUGACUUCACACAGAAUGCCUGCUUUUUUCUUUAUAGCUGGAAAUAUUGGAUUUAUUUCAGUCCCUAAUGCUCUCCUACUGACCUGAAAUAAUUUUAUUAUACAUGAUAAGGUGAUGAUUUUCUCAAUCCCAUGACAAUGACUAUUCAUUACAUACAAAUAUAUGUUUGCCACUGUUUAAAUUAUUGCUGCCCUGCUGAAUAGGUUGUUUUGGUAAUUUUUUUUUAUCAUUGCUACAUAUACUUUAAAAAAGCACAAUGGUUUAUAUUGUUUUGCGAACUUGAUUUUUUUUAAAAAAAAUUUUAAUCAAAAAUGUAAUUUAAAAAUAAAAAAAAAUCCUAUAAUGCCAUGACUACUCUGCAUUGUCACUACAGCAAUAUCACCUAUGAAGAAGUCUGCUAUGUUAUAGUUGGGGGAUUUAAAAAAUAAAUAAAUAUAUAUAUUUAUAUUGUGUGUUUGUUUUUAUGGUGCCAUAUUCUUGCUGACUGUCAUGUGACAAGUCUUUAGGGAUGCCAGUGGUCUAUUAUUGUAGGAAGGCAUAUAAUAGCUGUGUUUAACAGUUUCUCUCCCCCCCGCACCCCCCCUCCCUUUUUUUUUUUUUCCUUCCAGAGUUCUAGGUUUAGGCCCAGCCAAAGUAAACAUCCCCAGGGCAGGAGUAACUGGGAGACUGUGCCACUGGUAGGGAGGUAGGGGGUGAGGAGGCGGAGAGGGUGUAAAGGGAGGGGGAGCUGGGAGGAGAUGCAUUCCUGUAGGGCUAGAGUAAAGAAAACAAUUCAGCAUUAAGACAUCUGUGUCUGCAUGUAACUAUCUGUCUAUCUGUGUGUGCUCAUGCGUGGAACUGGGAUUGAGUGGAAACGAUUAUUUUUCUUUCUAUUUGCAUUCUUAUAGAGAUUUGUAUACUCAGAGUAAAGUGGUGCUUUUUGUUUUGUUAGAGUUUGGUGGCAGUUAUAUAUCAGUAUGGACUGAAUUUUCUUUUUUUUUUUUUUAAUAGUCAAGAUUUCCUAAUGCUAUUUGAAAUGUUAAAGCAAUGUCUCUUUAUUCACUCAACCAGGUAUUGUGGAGAACUGACAGGAAAAAUGGAAACAUCAGUCUAAAAUAUCAGAAUGGAGAUUUUUUGAGUUUGGCUACUUUGGCCUAAACAUUACAAUUCCGUUGUUUCUUUUCUACAAUAUACUGUUCGAAACAUUGUGUGCUCGUUAUAAUAAGGAUUACAAGGACACAACGUUUGUAUGAUCCAGCUGAAAUUAACGGUUUCGGUUAUUUAAUUUGUUGGAGGAUAAUUCAGCAUGUAUGUCAUCCUACAGCACUUUCACACAUAGUGGUCAUUGUGUGUGUAUGUAUGUAUGUAUAUAUAUAUAUAUGUAUGUAUAUAUAUAUCUCAUUCAAAUAGUUGUUUCCUGGAAAUAGAUAUGGAAAACUGUGCAUGCUCCUUCCCACACUGUGUUGCUAUCCCAUGAGUUCCAGAAACAAUGUAAUCUUUACACUGUAGAGCAUAGGUUUAAUGUUGGGUCCACUAUUAAAUAAAUGGACAGCAAAUUGUAUCAUGGCAAUUCUUCCACGCAGAAGUGGGUCUCUUUAUGGGGUGAUAGGAGUGAACCAGAAUCUAGAAAAUUGUUGCUGAAUACCCUUUCUAUCCCAUUGAAUCCUGAAGUGAUUUGUGGCAAUCCUCUAACAAUCAGAGCUAAAAUAAGGAUGCAAGGGAAAUAAUUGCUAAAGGGUUGGAAAGGAUUCAGUCUAAUCAUGUGCACAUGUUUUCCUGAUAACAUGAUUUAAAGGCAUGCCAUGCUUGAAACUAGAAAUUCUUCAACUCAGAGCUUUCAAUUUCAAAAAUAAAUGUACAUCUCCCACUGUUGGAGAGGUAUCUGACUUCUACUAAAAGAAUGUAGCUCCUCUGAUCUUGAUGGUUUUAAUAAAAACUAAAUAUUGGAGGGGGGGAAACAAGCAGAAUUUACUUCUUGAAAUUUCACAUUUUCUACAGGGCGAUUACUAAUAAUUUAUAAAAUAUUUUACCAGGAAAGAUACAUUGAGGUUUCUCUCAUUUUCAAGUAUGUCCAGUAGAACGCUGAAAUCUUGACUGCAGGGCUAAGUGUAUUGAACAGAUUACAGAUGUACCAAAACCUCCCAAAAAUAGACUUUCCUGUAAUCUUAGGGCAUUGCCCCACAACAUAAUUGUUAUAAUAUAAAAAAAAAUUUAAAUCUAUUGCCAAUGGUAAGUAAAAACCUUGGUAUUUUUUCCCUACUGGGAAUGGUUGUAUACAUUAUACAUUAUAAAUGAUCGACUAUACCAUACAGUACUGCAGUACUAGAACGUCAGCACAGGUUGAAUCAUUGACUGUGAAUUAGAUUUGUCUAGGUAAGGUGUUGAGAGCAGCUGACCAUGUUUCGAAUAUCAGUAUGAAUGCACCACAGACAUGUUCAGUCUGAUUUCUGAAAUACUCCCUUUAAUAUCCAGUAGGGUAUUUGAGCCAGGGCUCCCUUCUUUUAUACUUAUUCAUACAUAUCAUUCUUUAUUUUUGCAAAAGUACAUUGUAAUAUAGCAAAUUGACAUGGUGAAAGUGAAUAAAUUUACUUAGUAAAUGGUUAUACAGUAAAUUAAGCUAGCAUAUGAAUUUACUUAAAGGGACAUUAUAGGCACCCAGACCACUUCAUAUAAAUGAAGUGGAAUUGGGUGCACUGUCCCUGUCCACCUUAGUCCUGCAAUGUAAAACACUGCUGUUCUAGAGAAACCACAAUGUUCACAUUGCAGGGUUAAGACUGCAUCUAGUACUCUAGUGGCUUUCUACCAGACAGCCACUAGAGGUGCUUCCUGGAGUUUCUUGGAGUUUGACUCAGUGAAACUACGCUGGGCUUCCUCGUGCUCUGCAUGUUGACAUCUAGUGUCAUAGGAAAGCAUUGAGGCAAGUUCCCCCCCAUCGGCUGACAUUAGAAUAGGUAGCGUGCGACCCAACGCAGAGAGAUAACUGCACCGGAAAAGUGUAUAAAGGAUUAUUUAAGCCUUUACAUCACUGGGGGAACACGUUUGUGCAGAAAGAAGGUGUGAAGUCAGAUACAUAGGUGUAAUAUUGCGCCCCAUCAGCUUUAAACUAAAGCAGUCACCACUACUAUCUAUAAUCCUAGAAAGGUCGCUUAAGCAAGAUUGUUAAAUCUGUUAAAGAUGUGACCGGUAGUAUUCUUUGGCUCCUCUUUUUCUAAUUGUAGCAUGGCUGCUCUAGUUCUAGGUUUUGUAAAAUCCGCGUCUGUGAGUUUGUAUGAAUGUUUUAGAAUAGCUGUGUAUAAGUAAAGCCCUGUGGUACUAGUAGUAGUAUUUAUACAUCACCAACAUAUUCCGGAGCGCUUUCCUGUUAGAGAAAGGGGGUAAGGAAGUCCCUGCUCAAACAAGCUUGCAAUCUAUGGUGUUUGUAACGUCUGUCAGUAGUGUUGCUUGGAAAUGGCCUCAGGCCGUUCGAUGUGAUUCUAUUUGUGGUUUUCUGCCACCGGAAGUAUUUAGAUUGUCAGCUCUUAAGCUCCUUCCCAACGUGUACAUCUGCUUAGUGUCUGAGGUAGAUGGGUGUGGGAAGUAUAGAGGGGGUGGACUGGUGGGCGACAAUACCAUUUUGUUUGCUUCAGGUCUGGAAAUUGUCAGCGGGAACAAUAAGGACAUUUCCUGCUGGAUUCCAUUCACUCUGCUUGGAACUACUCAAGUGCUUCACCCCACCCCGCCUGGCAUAUCUAGCUCUUUACUUUAUCUAUAUUACUGCUCUGGCCUGGUGCUCUUUCUAACCUCUCUGCUAAAGCCCUGUGGCAUCUUCUGAGUAGAUUUAAGGCCUGCUAUCUCUGCUCUGCGUCUAACUAUUUGCACUAACCUGUGUGCUGCAUACCUUGGGCACUUUUCUGUGGAAUCAAGGGCUGGCACAGCCUUCCUUCCCUCUCUUCAGUGCUGGCACAAGCCUCUCAUGGCGAUCAACUUUCUAUGCAAACAUUAACAUGUUUAAUAAAGUAUGGCAUUUAAACUACUUGUGCUGCUUUGAUAAAUGAUGUGUGUAACCCUUACAGUCUGUUCUGUGUAAAGGCAGCUGUAAGGAGUAAAGGGCCUUCUGUCUCAAGCUGUAAGAUGGUUCCUCACAGCUGGAAUUUGUCUAGCCCUGCAUGUUGGUUUUACUGCCCCACUUUUCCUUCUCACAUGUAAACAUUCCCGGGAUCCUUCAGGAUUUAUAUCUGCCCAUACAGGCAGUUUCCUGCUGCCCCUCCUGCACAAAUCCCUAAAUCCUCCACUCCCCCUCCUCCUCCUUCUGCAGAGCAUCUAGGGGAGUAAAGGGGUCAAAUUUCUUCCAUAAUAUUUGUAGAGUUACAGGCAACACUUCUAGUAUGUAGGGGAAAAAAAUGACAUGGGAUUUUAAUCUAAUGUAUUGUAUUCCUUCUACAUGACCAGUUAUUUAUAUCCGCCCGUAGUAUGUCUUCACUCUGCUUGAUCAAUUUUUACUCAAAUACCCGUGUUUGUGUUUAGGCUUAUUUACUAAACAAGGAAUUGUGUAAAAAUUUUUUGAAAUACUCAAAUCCUGGAAAAGCGUUUCAAAUUAUUAUUUAUUUAGCUUUGCCGUAUGGCCCUAAAACAUGCAAAACCUUUUAUGUACUUUCCAAGAAGAGUCCGUAUUCUUGUUGCUAGUCACAUCAUCUGGAUCUUUUUAUAAAGCAUUUUCUCAAUACUGGACAAUAUAGAGAGAUUACCAUUGGAUGAUCACAUUGUGGGUACAUUAUUUCAAUAGCUGGAGAACAACCAAUGUUUGUUUCCCUUGUCUAAACCUAUUUGAUAAUACUUUGUGUUGGCUGUCCAUUUUCUCCCUGAGCUAAAACAAAACCCUGUUGCUGUGUUUCAGGCUGUCAGAUUAUGUUUGCGUUUUUAUUUAUUUUUAAAAAUCUCAUCUUUACCCUCUUUUUGCAGUACCUGCAGAUGAAAUGGCCGCUUCUCGAUGCCCCCAGUACAGCAGGCUUAAAAGAUGCCAGGUCACCGUCCCCUGCACACCUAGUAAGUAAUCUGUCUUUUUAACCAUAUCCUCGUACAAAAAAAAUGACUCCUGUGCUGGCAUAUUUAAGUAGCAAUGUAAGGGUUUUGGUUUUGCAUUGACCUGGUGUACUUACAAGAUCCACAUUUUCAAGAGCAACUCUAUGCCCAGUGUAUGUUAUUGGUUUCAAUUAGAUUUUUUUUUUUUUUAAAUAAUGAAUGUUUGUUUUAAUCAAAUUAUAUAAAAGCUGGAUAAAUGGAGGUUCCCCCUUUUAAUAAUAUUGGACAACAUAUGAAAAUCGUGUUAACCUAUAAUGCAACUGAAUGCUUGUGAAAUCAGGAUGAGAAUUGCAGAGAAUUCUUCAGUUUGGGGUGAAUUACCAUUUGCUCAUGUUUUUCCCUGCCAGUACUCCUCAAUUGUUAGAGGCAGCAGCAAAACCAUGAGUGACGAUGGCAAUGAAAGGAUAAAAUAAUUGGUUAUACAGUAAGAAAAUGUCCUACUGUAAAGAGACCUGUUAAAUAAUUUAUGUAAAAUAUGGGGAAAAACUCUGCAAGAUGUCUUUAUUUACGUAAUGCAUUUGUUAGUCUUUAACUCUCACCAGCAUUACAGGAGUUAAACCAAAUGGCAUACAUGUCUACUGGCUAUUGAGCAAUAAUCAGCCACGUUUGAGUUGGCCAAGUCUAAUGUAGGAUUGCCUGUCCACCAGCAUACAAGAGGAUUAUAUUUUUCCCAAAGUAUUGCUUUUGGUAACCGGGUACCCCAUUUUUAAAAGGAUAUUUUCUUGUUUUAUUUUUAUUUGCAUUGUCUUAUGGUGUGAAAUAUACAAUAAUGCUAAACCGGGUUGCACAACACAGUCAGCUAGCGAGUGCCACCAUCUAAAGGCAUUUUCUGGCGAUUCACAAUUAUGCAAAGGGGAACGGAUACUCCUAAUUUGCGGUUUUGGGGGCACCUUUGGGAUAUAUAGCACAAGUCAUAAGUGUUUAAACAGUGACAGAUUGUUGUGUUUGAAAUGAAACUCCAAAGAUAAGAUGAAUGAACUGUGCUAUAAUUUAGGGAUAUGUACAGCGAUAACCUUUCGAACCAUUUACUGUCCGUGUUCUACCUAUUGCCUAGACUUUAAAGGACCACAGUUACAUUGCUGCUUAAUAUCCAGUGUGUUUAAGUCCCGAGACCAAACAACAAAAUAUGAAUCACUGUCUAAAUACGUAUGAAUGCCAUUUUAUGCCCCUCCCUCCUUUUCACUCAGUGGAGGCUGUCAAUAUUGUGGCAUCAUACUGCUUAAAGAUUGAGUGUCUUACUCAGUGAGUCACACUGGUGUUUAGUUUAGGAGCCCAGGUGGUUUACUUCCAGCUUAGAAUAUGACACUGGGUGGCUCAUAAAAUCUAAUUUAUGGGAGGGAUGUUAGGAAGUACAGAAUAGAGCAAAAAUGUAGUAAGCUCUCACCUUGUCUUCCUCCAUCAAAGAAGGGUCCAUAUACCCAUUCCUACCUUAAAAUAAAAGGGAUCUUUUCAAUUCUCCCCAAGCAGCUCUGGACUGCUUUUAUAUAUUGGACGCUAAAUAAUGCAUUUCAGUUCACUUUAGUACACUUUUAUUGGACUUAACUAAAUUUGUAGUGACAAGCUUUCGGUGUAAUGUAGGGAGUCUCACAGCAGGCACAGUAGAGAGGGUAGUGUUUAAACUGAAUUAAAUGUUGUUAUACAUGGUUGUUUGGAGUAGCCAUUAAUGGUGGCAACCCAAUGCCAUUCGGGAUUUAUAUAUAUAAUUUUUAUUUUUAUUUUUUUUAUUAAGGUAUAUAUUAUUUAACAUUUUGGAAUAUACAAAUAAAGAAUACCUAAGGCAUAGUACAUUUUCAUAAAGUCAAUAUGGUAAUACACUUUUGUUUGUGGGAAGAUUAAUACCUUAUUUUUAGUAUGGCAAAAUAAACAGUGCAUUAAUAACAAAAAUGAGUGUAAAAAAUGAAAAAUGAGGUGUACGAUAUCAACUCAUGGUCUGUCUUCAAUUGUGAAUCCGUGUUUGAUCUAGCUAGGAAAUGUUGAAGGCUACCAAAACCUUUAGGCGAUACAAGGUAAAGCUAAACAGUUUAGAACAAUAGGUAGAAGUCUAAUUAACUAAGGCACUUUGUCAGUGGCAUGUGUUGGUUAACCCCAGGGUUGUGGGGACUAUGUAUGAUUCAUCUUUCUGUGUUAGGGUGUCAAUUGACUAAUUGUAGGGGUGGGCAAUGCACAUGGUCAACGUGGGCUUGGUUAAAUUAGCUUUGAAAGGUUUCAGUUGCGGUGUUAAGGAUACAUAGGGUCCAAACACUUUGGUAUAAUUAGUCUCACACAGUAGAGCAAAAAAUCCAUUCCGCUAUGGACUGGAGAUCUUCCAUGUGUUGGGACCAGAGUGGUAGAGGUGGUGGAUUAGUCAAGAGUAAUAAGCCCCUUAACUACAUUUUAAGAUUUUAUUAAACAUGGAAUAGGAGGUUGAGGUGGUUGUGUGAUGUAAUAACAUGGGAGGUGGGCUGUAAGAAAACCUCUUGAGGAAGGUAUGUAUCUGUUACCAAAAAGACUAAGAUUAGAUUAAGGACCAGUCCCUUAUGUGUAGCACUGUUUGGAAGACAUUGCCAGCAGUGGUUAUUAGUUUAGGCAGACUCCUGAACUCCACUAGAUAUAGCCCAUUGUUAAGUAAUAUCUCAGAUCUUUGCCCAUAGAUUAGGCAAGAGUGGGAUAGGUCUUUAUUCUUAGUACUGUAUUGUAUUUUAUUUUCUGACAGGUGGAGAUUAGUCUGUUAACAAUUAUAUUAUUGUAUUUGUAUUUAUUUAAAUGAUCGCUGUUUAUUUAAAUGGCGCCCACAACUUCCACGGCACCAAGUACAUUAAGCAACGAGUAUAGCAGACAGGAACAGAUGCAAUAAGUUUUCAGAGUCCUACCCACACGCUUAUGAUAAGUGAAUAUAUAUAUAUAUAUAUAUACAUACAUACAGUUAAAAACAAUAGACCAUAUAACAUGUUUCAAUGCUGGCAAAGCGUGUACGCGUUCAUGCUUGUUCUUGCUUUGCGGUGUAAAGACAUGCAUGCAUGCUUGCGUAGCAUUAUAUGCUUAUUCAUGCUUGAACAUAUAUUAAAAAAAUUAUUAAAAAAACUUUCAUGGUUACACACCAGCUGUCCUUUGUUUCUCCUUUCUAUAGCUUUGUGUUAGCACCUGGAUUCCUGCCUAUUCAGGAAUUAAUGCCUUUCUCAAUCUGUGCAUAGUGCCUGCUUGAAUCACGAGAGGCGGUGGGGGUAGAUCAGGACAGACUGUCACACAGCCUCGCUCUUACCCUGCCUCAAUAAAGAUGGACGGGGUGGGACCUGCAAACUGCACUUAGGAAAUCCUAUCCCACCUGUUCAAUGUCUGUCUCAAUCCCUGUACCGGGGAUAACUAAUAAUGGGUUGUUAUUAGACCCUGACAGGCAGAGGAGAGUGUCAUGAAUGAUUUAUGUAUGCUGCUUUUCUAUAAAAGCCUCUUUGGACUUACCUUUCGUAUAUAUUAGUCUUAUCUGUGUUUAUAUGGCUAUCAGUGCAUUAAAAAAAAAAAAAAUGUAUAUUUUUGGGGGGACCUCUGAGUGGAAAGAGCUAGUUAGAUACCAGCAUGUAAACAAAGUUCUGAGCUUUGGAGGUAUCAGUCACUUUAUAUUGUUUUGUUGACCUUUUUAGCAAUGGAACAUUGAUAAGAAAGCCCUGGUAAAUAUUUUAGGAAAUACUUCUUCUUUCACAGUGAGUCAGUAUAAUUUUAAUACGUGUCUGAGUUGGUGGUUUUAUCCAAUGAUCUAAUGUAAUAAAUCUGUUGUAAUAGACCCAGUUUAGAUUUCUUUUGCCUGUUCUUUCUUCCUCUGCAGUCCAACAAGGUCCCAGUGGUUCAACACCCACAUCACAUGCAUCCACUUACGCCGCUGAUCACUUACAGCAACGACCACUUCACACCAGGGACACCUCCUGGGCACUUGUCUCCUGAAAUAGACCCCAAGACAGGUGAAGAGCAGGCUUGUGUACGUUUAGAGAUUUGUGUGUUUAAAUUAGCAAAGCUAUAUUAACUUCCUAUAAUCCGUAGGAAUUCCAAGGCCACCUCAUCCGUCAGAGCUAUCUCCAUAUUAUCCAUUAUCUCCUGGCGCUAUGGGACAAAUCCAUCACCCUUUGGGUUGGCUAAUGCCACAGUAAGUGCUUGAUGUGCUUAUGUAGAACUUGUUGGUACUUUGCAGGGUUUUUUUUGUUUUGUUUUUGAGGUCCUAACUCUUUGCUUUGUGUUCCAGACAGGGUCAGCCCAUGUAUUCUAUCCCUCCUGGUGGCUUCAGACAUCCUUAUCCUGCUUUGGCAAUGAAUGCCUCGAUGUCCAGGUGAGGAUUGUCUUUGACUUGCUCAGUCACUCUCUGUGAAUGUAUGGCAAAUACAUUCCAAUAGUCCAUGCACAGACUUACACAGUGCUAAGCUAGCAAAGACCCUGCACAAUUCUUGCCAGCUGCCUCACUCCUGCAGUGCUAUUCCCCAAAAAAUCCCAUGCAAAUCCUGAUAUUUAAAUACACAGAAGAAUAGUGUGAGGUUGCAACUCCUAACCCCCAUGCCAGCCUUACCAUGCUUGUGUUCUGAGGGGUAAUAGCCCCCCCCGCCUCCCUUAUCAGCCAUCUCACUCAGAUUGUAAUUUCCCUUAUUUAGGGAGUCUGUGCGGUUAUUUCUGCAUUACUAUGUGAUAGUGAGUAGGGGGAAAUUAAACUGCAUUUUAUAUAGUCAGUCUUUCCCUGCAUAAAUAGGAAAGUGAUUGUAAUGCAUGUGUUUUUUCCUCUGGAACAUAAUUUUUAUGUAAAAAUAUUGAAUCAAUCCCCAGCCCAAUACAAUCCAUAUGACUCUGAGUAGAUUGCCUUUUACUUAACCUAGCUGAUUUGGUAUGUUUUUCUACUUAUCCAACAGAAACUAUUUUCUUGUAAUUUCCUUGCUAAUUUUGAAAAUUUCCUUUUUUCUCCUCUUAGUUUGGUUUCCAGCCGCUUUUCUCCACAUAUGGUGCCCCCUCCUCCUCAUGGUCUGCACACCUCAGGGAUCCCUCACCCUGCUAUUGUCUCACCUGUUGUAAAGCAGGAGCCAUCCUCUGGAAAUUUAAGUCCAAACCUCAACCAGUAAGUGUCCUGUAUUAUGCCCCAGGAGCUUGUCUUAGGGAGAGUUUAUGUUUUUGUUUCUAAACAGGCACAUAUUACAGUUUCACAUUAAACACGCAUUCCAGAUCUUCUUUGCAUGUCAAGUUAUUCAGUGAAGGCUUGUGGUAAUCACAUAAUCUCCCUCUCCUUCACUUAGCCUUCCUUGAGAACAUGCAGAACAUUAUUAAAAAGAUGGUGGGAAUAAGCAAAUGAUUGUGUUUUCAGAUUCCCAAACAAUUUAGUGUACACCAUCCCUUUUUAUAGUUGAAAUGCUUGAUUAUCUUAUAAGAUUAAGAUAUCUUGAAGAUGGUAGAAAUGUGCAUAGCUUUCUAGAUGCGUGCUGUGUAGUUCAGUAUGUGAUUAUGAUGAGCUAACACGGAAAUGGUGGUUAACAAUAAGGUACCUUCACUGUGGGUGGGAAAAAAAGUAGUGUGUGUUUGUGUAUAUAUAUAUAUAUAUUUCUGAAUUCCUUUCAUGAUUACUCAUAUUCAAAUAUUACUUUGCAUUUUGGUUUUAAUUAGAGAUUUUAAGGAAAGUUGAUACAUAAAGGUAAAAUACAUCUGACACACUUUAACCUGUGGGUAGUUGUUCUCUCUCUCUCUCUGUUGAAUAGACCCUUCACAUGUGCUCCCACAGUAAAUGGCUUACUGCAGCAGUGAUGCCGAAUGUAUUUAGUAUGUAUUAGAAUGGAUGGGGUCGCUGAGUUAAUUUUCCAGGCUAAUGCCAUGUACUUCAUUUGGAACCCUGUCAAACAAAGGGUUACUCCAGGCACCAUGAACAUUUCAGUGUUUUGAAGUGUUCAUGGUACUUGGAGUUGAUAUUUGCAGCGUUUAAGAAACGUUGCACAGAGAUAUAAAAACAUUUUGCUAUAGGUGUGAAUCCACCUCUAGAAGCAUUGUUAGCCUCCUUUGUUCCAAGCUGGCUAAUGCUGGUGCAUAAAAUACAUCCAUCAGCAUGUAUAGCAUGCUGCAGACAGAUGUCCAAUGGAGGAAUGGGCCUCUCCAUUGGUUAGAAUAAUCCUUUAAUGUUUAUAAUAUGCUUACGAAAUAGAAUGUGCAAGUCUAAAUAAAAUGGCAACUCUUCUCCAAAUACAGUAAAGGUUCUAUAAAUCUAUAACUUAUUAUUUUACUUAAUUGAAUUGUCUGAAUUACUCACUAUACACAAGCUUGCCAACUUCUGUUGUUUUCCAUUGUUUUGAUAAUGUAAUGUUGCAACUGUAGUUUGUGGAUUGGUUGGAAUGUUGUUCUCAUUCUUGAACUCUCUGGUUCUACUGCAGAAAGUCCAAUGUGGUGAUAAAGAAGGAGGAAGAGAAGAAACCACAUAUUAAGAAACCCCUAAAUGCCUUUAUGCUGUAUAUGAAAGAGAUGAGAGCCAAAGUUGUUGCAGAGUGCACAUUAAAAGAGAGCGCAGCUAUUAACCAGAUUCUUGGCCGCCGGGUAACUGCAUUUGCUACUUUUCUGGUCUAAUUAUUUGCUCAGUUUUAUUUCUUAUAAAUGUGGUCUUGUUUCUGCUGAUCUAGAUUAUUCUAUUUAUUUUUUAAAUGUGAUUUCCCUGUUUCUCACUGUAAUAACUGCAUGGAAGUGCUGCAUGAUGUUAAAGGGGGACACUAUAGUCCCCAAAACAACUUUAGCCAAAUGAAGUAGUCUUUGUGUAUAGAUCAUUCCCCUAUACUCUCACUGCUGUCUCCGUUGUUUUGGUGACUAUAGUGUCCCUUUAAAGUGUAUUUGUAAUGGCAUACAAGUUUAUCUUGUUUAAAAGUGCUUUACAUUUCAUUUCUGAAUGGUGCUUGCAAAAUUGCUAGCAAAUGUGUAGAUUGGGAGGAAUUGUUAUUUAUUUCUAUGAUCUAUUCAUUGCCUUUUGGGUAUUUCACUUAAAGGGAACUUGUUAUUUUUUAUCCUAGUGUCUGCUCUCUAGCCUAAAAUGACAUUUUCAAAAUAUUGAUGUACUGAUGAUCUAGCGCUCUAGUUUCAGACAUUUUGAAUAUGAAUUCAGGCUAAGGGGAUUAUAAAAGGUAGCAUAUCUGUAUGCAAGGCAUGAAAGGGACCAUGCUAGACAUGGCAGUUCCAUUUUAUAGCAUUGUUAAUUUUAUCUAUACUUUUAUUGUGCAAGCUGUACCUCUAGUAACUGUAUAGACAGACAAAGGUUAAUAUGUUUAAAUUAGUAAUAAGCUUUUAUUUUUAUAAGUAAUAAGUAUUUGUCCUGACAAACAAUCUUUUAAUCAAUAUAUUUUCAAUAUUUCACCCAUUUGUAGGCCUUGUAGAUUACAACAUCUUGAAAGUUGUGUGCAAUUUAGCUCCACUUAAGAUGGCAUCAGACUUAUAAAAGGGGACCAUUUCUAACACAGUUGUUAUACUUGAUUUCUCUCAUUUUAGUGGCACUCAUUGUCACGGGAGGAACAAGCCAAAUACUAUGAGUUGGCACGAAAAGAGAGGCAGCUUCACUCCCAGCUUUACCCUACAUGGUCUGCACGGGACAACUAUGUAAGUAACAAUGAAGAUAGACAUGGUCUACUUUGUGGAUUAUGCUCAUAAAAAGCCUAACAACCCAUUUUCUUAUUUCAGGGCAAAAGGAAGAAACGGAAGAGAGAAAAACAGAUACAGGAAGGUGAUCGUAAGUAUGGUUUAAACUAUGAAACCUACUAGUUAUAACUCCAUCCUUAGCUGACCUAGAGUAAUAUUGAGGACAGUGGCCAUGCUUUCUUCUAAACUACGGUACAGUUGGCCUUAAUUUAUAGCCAAUCUUGCCUUCAUUGCAGCCCCUCCUCUUUUUAGAUCUAUUCUAUAUUACCAUGUCUCCUUUACAUGUACUUCACGACACUUCAAAAAAGAUUCACGAUUUGGGAAAGACACCAAGCCAUUCUCAGAGUGCAGGAACAUGGUAACCUGGACAUAGCUCUUCCAAAACUUUUGACCGUCUAUUAAUGUGGAUUUUGCCCUGUGCUUUCAGUCUUCUCAUAUAUAUAUUUUUUUCCCUCUUGCAGAUGCUUCUAAACACAAAAAACUUUGUGUUCAACACCUACCAGCAGAUAAAUCUUGUGACAGUCCGGCCUCUUCUCAUGGAAGCAUGCUGGACUCCCCAGCCACUCCCUCUGCAGCAUUGGCCUCUCCAGCAGCCCCUGCCGCCACCCACUCCGAACAGGCCCAGCCGCUCUCCCUCACUACCAAGCCUGAAUCAAGAUCCCAUAUUUCUCUCAGCCACUCUGCUGCCUUCCUGGCCUCCAAGUCCCCUCCGUCCACUCUUUCAGGGCCCAUGUCCACCUCUGUGGGUUCUCCAUUGAUCUCUCGCCCUAUCCCUCUCACAUCCUCCAUGUUGUCUCCAGGAAUCUAUCCUUCAGCUCUGCAAGCACUACCCUUGCUGCAGGCACAGCCGCUUUCUUUGGUGACCAAAUCCAGUGACUGAUGUGACCGUACUGUAUUGCCUAGGAUACAUUCACAAUUAGUAGUCCUUUGCAGAUCUACAUAUGAAUUGCUCCGCACUAGUGUAUAUAUACUGCUGUGCAGAUAGGGACAUGAAUCUGCAAAAGUAUAUAUAACUGUUUAUGAAUUGGAACACAUCUAUUUAUCCUUCUUUUCAUUGGAAUAUUUCAUGCUCUGCUGUUAUGGACAACAAUUUACAUUGGCAGUUGGUGCUUGGAAACUAAGCACACUUCUUUGUCUUGUUGUGUUGUAGGUUUCAAUGAAUUAAGAUGGGUGCAGAAGGAAUACUGCUCUUCAGAGAAGCAGCGAGAGGCACUGCUCUGUUAAGCUGCAGAGUUUUGUUCUGCAAUAAGAAACGGUUCCAUAGUCCAGGGCCUCUGCAGCAUGCACAUAAGGAUUACACACAAUGCAGGAAAAAACUAAACUGCUCAGUCCUUUCUUGCCGGCACUCUGCAGAUUAUCAAUCAGGCUUUACCUGCACCCUCCUGCUUUCAGCAACCUCCAACAAAAACUAUGGUCGUCGCUAGACCUGCAGGGAUUAUUGGUCAAUAUUUGACCUGUCUGCUUCACCCCAGCACUAUGAUCACGCCCGUCCCUUGUUUGUAUUAUUGUUUCUAAUUGAUUCACAGAAGAAAAGAAGAAAAAAACUUUCCUAAAUGGCGAGAAGGUUAAACUGCAUAAACACAUUGCAGAACAUGUAAAUUGUACAUACAAAUGUGGAAGAUGGAGGUGGGGAGAGCCUAGGCAGGGGGAUGGGUGGUGCAUGUUUUCUUUUAAGGGAGGGUCUCUCUUUAUUUUUUUUUUUUAUUUUUUUUUGUAUUUUACAUCUUUUUAAAUUGGGGACAAGGAUAUGCACAUAUCAUUUCGUUUUAAGUGCUGGUCCGGUGGCAGAUGCUAGAUGUGUUAACACUUGCAUUGCCAGGGUUAAUGUCUCCUAAAUAUAUAUAUAUAUAUAUAUUUUUAUUCUUCUUCUCACUUAUUUUGCAGAGUUUUUUUUUCUUGUUCUUUUCAAUGUGUGCUGUUUUGUUUUCAGUUUUCUUCCAUUCCAAUCUUGUCUCAAUACAACUAGGGUUCUUUUUUUAUUUUUAUUUUAUUAUUUUGAUGAAAAACUUCUUGAACAAAAAUGUGACCUUUUUGUAACAAAAUAGAAAAUAUAUUGUGUUUUAAAAUAUAUGGGGCUAUUUUUGUGUUUAUUUCCCUUCCUUGUCCAAACCCCUGUACUAGUCUGUGUGUAUUUUGAUAUGGAUUGUGGGAGUGAAUUUAGGCUGAAAUUUGAAAAUAUUAUAUGCAAUAAAUUAAAGGGAAUCUCAUCAUUUCAUAUACCUGACAUGUUUCAUGUGUCAGUUUGCAUAGGAUUUAAUGUAUUUAUUUUUUCUCUGCCUGGUUUCACUUUUAACUUUCUUUUUUAAACUAGGUAAAAUAUCUAACCUUAUACUGUCUCUUUAAUGCCAUCAAUGGCUGAGCACCAUAAACACUUAUUGUGGAGAUUACAGUAUAAAGAGUCUCAACCUGCUCCCAAACAGUUUUUUGAGAAGUUUAAAAUAGUCAUAUUUAUAUUUUCCUUGUAGUAUUAAGUGACAUGUGUCAGUUCCAAAAAUUAAACUUCAUAGAGAUCUAGAACUAUCUUCAGUGACGUGUAAUUCUUCUAGAAGGUCUUUUGUAGCUGUGCCCACAAGAACCACCAAUAAAAUACUAUUUAGAAAGCACCAACAUAUUUGGCAGCCCUAGACACCAAGAAAAUAAAUUCAACCUUGAUAAACUUACAUGAACAGGUAUUCGAGGCCUUGCACGACCAAAUUACACAAAGUAUAUUUGUAAUGUGUAUAUACUAUGCAAAGCAAAAAUGAAC